GCGCUUUGCUCGGCGUUUUCCCGCCUAAAGUGCAGAGCGCUGAGGUGGGCAAAACCGUUUCUUGUUUCUCACCUCAUGAAAUAUAGUACUCGUGUAUGGGUCACAUAAAAUAAACAGAAUUUUAUAUUUUAAAAAAUAAGGGUGGAGGGAGAGAAGACAGGCCACGAGUAUAGUGUUCCACAAAAUAAUUAAUAUAUAUUUCAAUUUAGCAGAAUUCUAUAUACCACUUCUUUUUUUAAAACAACAACAGCCACCUCACAGCAGUUAACAAAAAGAAUAAAUAAAAUUAUCAGUUUAAAAACAACUAUUUCAAGCCUUCGACGAAUAAUUAAAUUAAAUAAUAAGCUAACACUGGAACUCAAAUAACUAUUGUAAACAAACAAACAAAAAAGUUAAAAUCGACAAUAAGCUAAAAACCAGAUCAAAACAUGACAACUGUCUGGAUAGGUUUUGCCUAAACAGAAAUGUCUUUAGCAGGCAUUGAAAAGAGAACAGUGAAGGUCCGUGCCUGAUGUCAGUAGGGAACUCCAAAGUGUGGAAGUUGCUAAACUGAAAUACUGAUUUAUUACAAAUGCAGACAAAUGCAGUACUUUUGUCCAUUUACUGCAUCCCCCCCCCAUUUGAACUAUAAAAUGGUGAUUUUCUUGGGUCAAAAUGAGAGUACCCCUAAACAUUUUUUAAGAAAAAAAGCACUGGGGGUAAGUCAAUCUGGCAGGUCAACUUCAUGUGAAACAUACACAUAUACAUAGAGACAUGUACAUGUAAAUAUUUGACAUGGUGCUUUUCUAUUGUUCAAAGAACUGCAGAUAAUGUCCAAUUAAUGUCUUGUUCUUUUGAAGGGAGCUUUGUGUUAAGUUGUGGGUGAACAUAUCAGACGACACAGCGAUUCUUCAAACAGCUCUUGUUUAUUCACAAGCCAGAACAGAACUGAACUGAAGGGUUCAGCCAGCCUGCUUAUAUAGAGCGCCAGUACAACGUAACUGUAACAACUUUCUGAAACUAUCCAAUCACUGAACGUCACUUUCAAUCCCUUAUUUGCAUAUGUGGACCUGAGUGUAAACUAUCUACAGUAUCCCCCAGCUGGCCCAGGGUGAGAACUUCAGUACAUAACACUUUGAUUGCAAGCGUGAUCACUGAAGCUGUGGACCAAGGAGUGAGGUAAGAGAGCCCAUAUAUUGCUUCACUCACUUUUUGCCUCUGGCUCCACACACUACUGUCAUGCUGAAAAGGUCUCCCCGGCUUUGGUGAGAAGGAAGGGAGUGGAAAAUGGUGCUGGAAUGUCAAGUCACUCGGAAUCACAUGGGGAGAGUUCUGCAGGACCCAUGUCCUGCUCGUAGGCUUCCCUUUGAGGCAGCUAUUCUGCCACUGAGAGGAUGCUGGGCUAGAUCAGUCUGCUUUGGCCUGAAUCAGCCACUGGGCUCUUUUUAUGGUCUUAAUGCUUGGCUAUUUUUUCCUCUACAUCCAUAAACUUACCAUUUGAGGAUCCAACCUCAUGCACCUGACAAACUGGACUCCGAUGGAUCAAAAGGAGUCUUUUGAUUCCUGCUUUGCCCCCUGGAACUACCGUAUUUUUCGCUCUAUAAGACGCACCAGACCACAAGACGCACCUAGUUUUUGGAGGAGGAAAACAAGAAAAAAAAAUUCUGAAUCUCAGAAGCCAGAACAGCAAGAGGAAUCGCUGCGCAGUGAAAGCAGCAAUUCCUCUUGCUGUUCUGGCUUCUGGGAUAGCUGCGCAGCCUGCAUUUGCUCCAUAAGACGCACACACAUUUCCCUUUACCUUUUAUGAGGGAAAAAGUGAGUCUUAUACAGCAAAAAAUACGAUACUUUGUUUUGGGGGGUGCCUUUUCAAUAUUUUCCAAAUGCAAAUUCUCAAGUCACUGUUCUUCAUCUUUCAUUCUGCUUCUCCAGGUCACUGGAAGUUAAAACUCAGCACGGUGGCAAAAUUUAUCUUGCAUUCAUUGUACAUACAUGUAACAGCAGGCACGUUUGCAGUUAGGAACCCCUGUAUCAUCUGUAAAUUCAUAUGCUGUAGCAUAGGUGGUGAUAGCCUAUUAAAUACCAAUUCCGAUUCCCCCAUGCUCUCCAAAUUGAUCUUAUGCAGCAGGGAUUAAUGUCUACUCUAGCAUGGCUCUGCUGGCUGGGGCUGAUGGGAAUUGUAGUCCAAAACAUUUCAUGGACUGCAAAUUGAGGAAGGCUAACCUAUUACUUCAAACAAUGCAUCUCCCUCUAAUCCAGUGCUUCCCAUGGUGGGUGGUACCAACUUCUGGGAGGCUGUGGGAUUAUCUAGGGUGGCGCUAAGAGCCAAGGGGGCAGCAGUGGGACGCUGGAGGUGUAAAUGACUAACAGGCUUUGAAAACCUGCUAUCAUAUGUAGGGACAGGAUACCCAAAUUCUGUCUGAAAUCACCCCAGGCUUCAAUAAUCAAGCAGGCCUCAAAACUGUCCAAAACUCCUUUUGUCUUCUAAAAAUCCAAAACAGCUUUUCUCUGCUCUUACCUGCUUUUCUCACAAGAUGCUGUGGCAAAAGGCAAAAUGUUACUUUUAAAGGCUAAUGAAUAGGCUCUGUUCAUAGCAGGCCUGAGAAAUGAAUCUUAUCUCAUUCGGUUGCAACAUCUUGGACAUGCUGAACCACCAAGGCUCCUCGACCCACCCCCUCGGCUUCUCAUUCCCCCUUUCCUGGGAAGGGUGCCAAGAGUCCCAAUAGUCCCAAGACAGCUUUCUGUUCAUGCUUUCUGUUCAUGCUCAGAGGAACUCAUGGGGCAGGACUCCUGAAGGAGGAGAAAGGGGGAGGGAACUGGAAAGGGAUAUAUAUGCUUGUGCACAUGACUGUGAACUUCGUGCAUGCUUUUUGUGAACUAUCACACUUGCUCCUUCUACCAGUUCAUGGAUGGUAGAAAUAAAAAGCCUUUUCUCCGAACUAUUCCUUGAGUGUCUGUUGACUCCCACUUCCCUUUCCCGGGCACAAUAUUUUUCCCACCCGAGGGCAAAGCCUCAUAAGGCUACAGUUGGAUUGAUUCAACUAAAUAGUUUUAACUGACUUUUAUAUAAAUGUGAAAUUAAUUGUAACAGCUUUGAAUUGUAUUGUGUUAUUUUCUUCCUUAGUGGGUUGUGUAAAGUGUUAAUAUGAAUGAUGCUUUUUAUAGGGUAUGGGGCACUGGGGAUGAGUUUAUGGAACCAAGAGAACGAUGGCUUAAAAAGGAUUGGGAACCACUGCUCUAAUCCAUUGGUCUUCAGAUGGUGUGUAGGCCUAACCUAAGAUUAGCAAUGCUUUUACCAUGAAAACAUAUAUUGGAAAAUGAAUAAUUGGUUCCCUGAAUGCAUGCUUGGGCUAAAGGGUGGCUCCUUGGUCUCAAAAGGGUGAGGACUAUUGCUCUUUUCAAUGCAGGCCAGGUCACAAAUCCAAAAUACAGUACUGCAGGCAAAAAAGGGUGGGUUGCUCUUUUCGGUGUUGCUCUAUAGUAUUCAUUAACAUAAAGUUUAAACUGGUUUGAUGCUAUUUAGUUGUUUCUUAUUGUCAGGCAGACUGAGGAGGGCAAACAUGUUAUAUAAAUAAAUAAAAACCCUCUUGCUGUUCAUUAAGUGCAAUUGCAUCUCCCUAGUUAACGACUCGUUUUUCCUCCUUGUAUUCCUCCACAGUCCUCUGGGGCUUUUCAGUUUGAAAUGCUCUGCCUUAUGUAUAUAAAUGAAGGCCACCAACACAGCAGUAGGUGCAAGGAUUCUUCCUUGUUGCAAACCACAGCCAGACUGAAUUUAUUCAAAUUCUUUAAAAAAUUAACAUUUUAUCCCCAGUAAAGCUGAGUAUGUGUGUGGUGGCAGCAGGGGGUGGGGGAUAUUUCCACUCUGAACCCCUGCUGGUUUGCCUGCUGGGUGCUCUGGUGGCCCCCCCAUGAUGUUGUGCAAGAUGUUUAUGGCAUCCUUGAGAAAAUUGGUGACAUUAUAGGAAUGGGAUGAGAGUGGCAUCCUGUAGCUUCAAAUGUUCCCUUUCUGCUCCCAUCUGCCUCAUUUGCACUUCAAACCUUGGCCUGCCUGGGCUUGAAGCAGGAAGCGGCAGACAGCCACAAAAUUAUAUCCCCCUGGUUUUCACCCCCACUCGACUCCUCUGCUGUUGCAGUCCAGCUGGGCUCACAUAAAUGCUCUUGAUGAGUUCACAAAGGACUCUAUGGAACAUUUAUCCACUUCCCUGCCCCCACUGCCUGCCUAGGAUGGGGUUGCCUGUGACAGACAACCCAAAUUUCACCCCUGCUCCCCCUGCAUGUUCACAAAUAUACCCCAAUUCAAUUCUGUUUACUUCUAUUUCCAGAAAAUUGCUUCAAGCAUCACAGAACAGGGAGAUCAGAUGAAGAGGUGGCAGGUUUCACUCUUCUCUGCUGCACACUCCCUUAGCAGACUGAUAUUGCCAACACAGUGCCCAUGGGCACUAAUGUACCCACUCAUGCCUCUCCAUGGUUCCCGCAAAAAGUCUCUGUAUACAUUCCUUGUAAAAUGCACAAAGGACAAUUUGCUACUCCUGUUCAGUGGCCACCAACCCUGAUGGCUAUGUACCACCUCCACUGUUGGAGGCAGUGUGCUUCAGAAUACCAGAAAACCACAGGAGGGGGAGAACAUUGUUGCACUCAAGCCUGACUGCCUGAACUAUUCAUAGCCUUGCACCGCUAUGGUUAAAUCAGCAUGCAUCAUAGAAUAAUACCUGAAAGCCACCUCAAAAGCUAACUCUGUGCCAGCACUGGAUGUUUUAUUUUGGGGUGGGGUUUUUUUUGUAUUUGUAUUUUUUUAUUGUUAUUGCUGCUGCUUCUCCUGUUAUCUCACCUUUCCUGCAAGGAGCUCAAGGUGACACAUGGCUCUCCCCAUCCCCAUUUCAUUACAACAUGACAGAAGUUUAUAAAAUCAUGCAUGGCCUAGAGAAAGUGGAUAGAAAUUGAUGUAGGUACCACCUUUUGGUGUCCUUCUUCCUUUUCUUUCAUUCAGAUAUGACAGCCAUUUAGUGUUAAACCACACCCUUAUGGCAACCAUUUUGUGACUGACAGCCGUAGCACUUUUUCAGAAUUUACUAUGUGAUCAUCCACUGGUUGGUGACACCUAGAGUAGAUCCUACAUCCCUAUUUAGAUGUGAACAGGGCAAAAACAUGUCCAAGAGACACAUGGUUAGCCUGCCUGGGGUCACUAGCCUUACAAGAAGGAAAUGCAUGGCUGUGUAGAUACCAUCCUUUUAAAGCACAUUUGAAUCACAUUCUUUCCCUUGAAGAAUUAUGGGCACUGUAGUUUACCGCUCACAGAGUUACAAUUCCCAGCAGCAACCCUUAACAAACUGCAGUGUCUAGAAUUCUUGGAAGGAAAGUAUGUGCUUUGAAUGUGCUUUAAAGGCGUAGUCUGUAUACAGCCCUAGUUAUCCAUUCCCUCCCACACUGCAACCCAAAAGCCCGAUUCCACCCUCUCAUAAAAAGGGUUUGUCUUGGGACUGUUGCCUUGUAUGGUCUUUAUAAGCUUCUCUGAUUUUCCUGGCAUUUAUUAUUUCUGAUGCAUAUCCCUCUUUAAGUUGAGCAGCCUGUACAUCUUUUCAUUGCACUUUCAGUACAAUGUUCCCUGCCUGAAUCUGGAGAGCCAUUCCUGCCAGCCAGUGUGGACAAUACUGAGCUGCAUGGGCUACUGGUUUGAUUCAAUAACUAGGCAGAUUCCUGUGAUCCUAACAUCACAACAUUUGGGGGUCUGGAAAAACUUCUCUGUGUGGUGACUUAGACAGAAAUGUGGAAACGGAAAAAGCUGCCUUAUGCUGAAUUGUGACUUUUGGUCCAUUUAGCCUCUGUAUUGUCUACCCUGAUAGGCAGCCACUUUCCAGAGUGUCAGCCAGGGGUGUGCCCAGCCUGCCCUUGAUCCUAAAGGCAUCCUUCCUACUCCCUAACCAUAGGUUACCUAGGCUGCUUACACAAAGCCCUAGUGGGCAGUCCUAGGAAAGGGCUCCAGUAACACCCCCUAGUGACACCUUCUGUCCUCUAACUGUAUGGGCUCAGGUUGCUGCCACCCAGGCCCCCUAAUUCCCCUUCCCCAUUGAACAAAGGCGCAGCUGGGUCUCCAGCAAAGCGGGCCGCGUGAGUGCGGUCUCCCCUGUAAUCUGAUAGGACGUGUGCACAGUGCGUGGCGGUGAGCUGGGCUCUGUGCGCAGCAAAAGGAAUCUAUUUUCAGCCCAAGAGCCUGAUUAGGAGAGACACAGAAGCCAAAGCAAUGGAAUCUUCAGUGAGAGAGAGAGAGAGAGAAAUCCUUCUUCCUUCAUUUUCCCCAAGAUACCACUGUAGCUACUAUUAUAUGAUUUAUAGCGAGACAAUUAUUGCCCAUGACAGUAAGAGUUGGAUAGAUGCCAAUAUGAUGUAGAAAAAGGAAGCUUGCGGCAUUAGAUAACAAGUAAUUAAGGUUGCUGUUGUUUAUCAGACUUCUUCAACUAACAAGCACUUACCUCAAAGAAUCCUCAGAAUUACUGUUUGUUCAGGGUGAUGAGAAUUGCAGUUCUGCGAGGGGGUAAACUACAGUUCCUGGGGGAUGUAUUUUACAUUUAUUAUGCAUAUGCAGUCUUAAUCCACUUUUCUCCCAACCCCUAAUAGUGUGACUACUAUUUAUUUAGAAACCCCAUCAUGAGUGGGCUAAUGAUGUGACUAACAUCCAUUCUGGUUUGGCCCUGGGAGGUCCGUGAGCCAGGUGUGAUGGAAACAGGCAACGCUGAAGUUGGUUCCUUCUCUGUGUGCAUGUUCAAAAUGCAGCUCCAUCAGCCAGCGGUUUGCUUCAGCAGCCAUUCUUCUGGGUGGGCGAGGGACUUGAACCCACUCCCGUUUCUGUUGGACUACAACUCCCAGAAUCCUUGACCAUGCUGCAAAAAGUUCCUUACUACAAAAUGUCUGGGUUUGGGGGAGAUGAGCAACCUGCAACCUGCAUUUCUAGGUAACUUCUACAAAGAGAAGACAAAAGGGUAUAGAAAAGAGCCUCUGUACCAUAAGUGUACCUGGGCAAUUCCUGCUUGAGACACAAAUGGCGUCCCUUUGUGAUCUGGCACGGACUUGCAGGUGCCACAUAACUCUUCUUCUGAACUUGUAAGUAAAAAAUAUUUUACUGUGGCAGCACCCAGCCUUUGAGACUCCCUGCCUCUUGACAUCAGGCAGGCACCUUCUCUAUUUUCUUUUCAGCACCUAUUUAAAAUAUAUUUGCAUAGGCACCCCUAUCCAGGUAUGUAGAAUGCUGAAAUGUGUGUUAAUCUCUUUUUGCUUACUGUUGAUUUCAAUAAUCUCUUGAAUAUUUAUCAAUACCCAUUUUAAAAUGAUGUCUAUUGAGAAUUUUAAUGUGUUGUUUUUUUUGUAAACCACUUUGAGGGUUUUUUCUCCCUAUCAAGUGGUGUAUAUUGUCAGGGAACUGCCAUCGGUAGGAAGGGAGGUGAAAGGACUCAGACAGGUUGGAAGAGACUUAGCAGCUGAAGAGGAAACCAGCAGGGGGAGAGAAGCUGAACUGAGGGAGGUGAAAGGGCUCAGACAGGUUGGAAGAGACUUAGCAGCUGAAGAGGAAACCAGCAGGGGAGAGAAGCUGAACUGAGGGAAAGGGAGCUGGGGGGAUGGCUCAGAGAUACUUCCAGCGAAAACAGUGGUGAGGUUUCCGGACCUCCUGUAGCGACACCCACUCCUCGCCGGAAACUGUCACGCAGAGAGUCCAGAAGACGUGUUUCCGUUAAGGAGCUUUUAUGUUGGAAGCGAUUACGAAAGCAACCACUGUCGGAAUCUUCUAGUGACUAAGAGGAGCCAUGUCAGAGGGGCUCAGUCACAGACAGAGGUUUGUGGACUUGAACAAACUCUGAGGGAAUACGAUUUUAUGCACAAGCAGCUCAUAAUCCCAUCACAUAUAUAUAUUGCCAUGAAUUUUCUAAAAUAUACAAUUGUUAGCUCCUGUGGAGAACUCCCAUCCAUCUUAAUUCCCACUAGUUUACCUGGAAAGGAGUGGGGAGGUGGUCACCUGAGAAGGGAUUUUGAUUACUUUCCUGUGAAGUGUUCACUCAUCAUCACCACUCAGUGAGGCAGAGGCAGAAUGCCAAACAUCUCAGGCCUCCCAAAGUACUUAACACCACUUAACUCCUGGGAUAAGAGCAGAAAUGGGGAGGGGGAGGGAAAGAGGAACUGGCACGUAGCUCCCACCUAGCAGGUGGUGAAGCAGGAAAGCAGAUCUGCUGCCAACAAGUAGGCUAGUUAGGAAUACAUCUCACAAGAUGGAAGAAAAAGGGAUUGAGGCAAUAUAUGCCAGGGUGACAGAUUCCCAAUUCACACACAGGAUGGAUCUGUGAUAGUUCCUACACUGUCCAAGCAAGUGGCAAUCUUGAAAUGAAGCUUAAGUCCUCAAAAUACAGGAAGUUGCCUUGUACUGAGUCAGACCCUUGGUCUAUCUAGUUCAGUAUUGUCCACGUGGACUGGCAUCAGCUAUCCAGCAUUUCAGGCAGGGAAUAUUCCCUGGCCCUACUUGGAGAUGCUGGUGGGGAUUAAACCUGGGACCUUCUGUAUGCAAAGCAGCUGCUUUUCUACUAAGCUAUUACUCUUCCUCAGACUGUUAAAGAUGCAGCUGUUUUCAUCGCAUUUUCCUCCUAAACAAAUAUGUUUAAUACUUUUUUUCUGAAAGCCUUAUCCUCUUGUGGUGGUGAGUUCCAUCAGUUAAUUAAGCAUUCUAUGAAGAAACUUUUCUCAACCCUUCAUGACACAUUGCACCUGCCCAAAUUCCUUCUUCUACACAACUGUUCAGGUGCCCUCUUACCAUCCUUCACAAUCAAUUGCCUUGCCUUGCACAGGAUUUGUUUUAACUGGAGUGGAAGGGAGCGGUUGAGGCUGAAGCACAAAUAAUGCACAGAUUAUUGCCAUUUCUUCCAGACUCCCAGUAAAUGGCAACGGUCUGUUGUAUUAAAUAUAUGAAUCUCCCUUUCUACAAGUCUCAAGGGAAUUUACACUCAUACAAUAAAAACAAUUAAAAAUGAGUUUAAAACAAUAGAAAAAGACAACUAAGGAUUUUAAAAGCUAAUAAAAACCAAAGCAAAGACCCCAAAAGAACAAAUAAAAUCUCCAAAGCUUAUAAAACUGGAAAAGCUUAUUGAAACAUAAAUGUCUUCAAUUCUUUCUGAAAAAAACAGGUGAAAAAAGUACUAAGGAAGGGGUAAAAAAUGUCUGGAGAGACCAUCCUGAGUCAGUUGCACUUCAGUUGGCCUUCAUAGAACAGAACGGAAGCCUAGCUGCUGAAUCGGGCCAAAGGGGGCCCAUCUAGUCCAGCCAUUCCCUCUGCCCAAUUUAUUUUCAAGCCCUCCAAGUUGGUGGACAUUGCUUCAUCUUGUGGGAGUGAAGCCUACAGUUUUAGCUAUGUGCCGUGUAAUAGAAUCAUAGAACUGUAAAUUGCUUUCUUUUGUUCAUCUGGAAUCUUCCAACAUUCAGAUUCAUUGGAUGACCCCAUUAGGUUCUAGGGAGAGAAAAAGCUCUCUGUAGAAAUGCAUAAGGGAAGCAAGACCAUCUCAGAACAGUUCUCCUUCAGCCAGAUUAAGACCGAGUCUUAUCCGUGGAGCAGAGUGUUGUAACUACUCUCCUGGGAUCCUUUGAAACCCUUUCUUUCUGUCUGCGACCAUCUAUAUUCUGCCCUGCGGGGAUUUUCUCAGUGCUCCUGUUUGCACUGCUAGAUGUGACCUUUUCAUGCAGCAUAUAUCACAAAUCAUAACAUCCACACUUUGUUCCAUGUUUUCACAAAGCCUGUGGUCCUUUUAGCAAAUGCCAACAGUACCACAGUUAUUUGGUUGAGGACGCUGGUGGGAGAAUGAGAUUGGGACAAAAUCUGCUAGGUGCAUAAGGCAUGCCCCUGGGAGGAAGGCAGUGCAAACAGAAUACAAACGGAGGAGCAUCUUUCUGGCAACACCUGCACAUGAUACCAUCACCUGGUCAGCCAAAGUGUGGUCAAAUUGGCUGUUGUCGUUGCUGGCGUUUACAUAAGUCUUUGUGAUUAUGGGAAGGCAACCAAUAUCCUUUCUGCAUGGCUGUUCCACCAAAAGCAUAUUUUUUCAUCCUAAAAUAACCUCGACUGAACACACAAAACAAUCUGGCUAAAAUUAAAACAGCCAUUUGAAGCCUCCGUCUGCUGUUGCCUGAAGCUUUUUUGUCAUCCUCCCCACCACCCCCUUUCCUCAUUCUCCAAGGUCACUGAAACAGAAAUGAACAUCCGCAUUUGGGCACAUUGUCCUGGAGCCUAAUGGACUAAGAAGGAUUCCAUGUGAGCCCCUGCGGCCCUGUCACCCCACACACUUGCUUUGUCUCAGACCCAUGGCCUCAAACAAACCCCAUCUCUGACCCUUGUCGCUAAAGAUAAAAGCCUUUUUCUAGAGUUCUCAUUCAACCUCUAGCCUUACAAGCCAGGUGCUAAUUAGAUAAUUCAAAAAUCUGCAUUUUUCAAAGCCAUUUUGUACACGCACACACGCACGCACGAACAUCCCAGCCCUCUGGAUUCCCCUUCUGAAAGAGCAUCUGUUCCUUCUGCUCAGUGGACCGGUGGGUGGGUGGGGGCACACACACGAUAAGCCCGUCAUCCCAUCUGCUUAAAAAGGUCCACAGAUGUAACUGAACUCUCCAGUGCUUUCGGUCACAUGGGUAGCAUUCAGAGCCUGAGGUCAUAGGACGAAAUUCCACUUGGGUCCUGUUCUGUGUUCUUAGCAUGGUUGAUGUUUAGUUGAGCCACUUGCAUGCAGCAGCUGGCCUGGCCUAGCUGGGACUCAGUCAUGCUUUGUGCAAAAAAAGAGGAACGUAUUUGCACAAAAAAUGGCAUGUGUACAUUUAUAUGUGCAGGUGGAAAUUUAGAAACAAUUGCUGUAAUUUAAAAGUGAAAAAUAAAAAGUUCUGUAGACUUCACAAACCUGAAAAUGCCUUUGAGAUAGAAAGGUGCCAUAGACUGAGUCAGACCAUUGGUCCACCUAGCUCAGUACUGCCUACACUGACUGGCAGAGACUCUUCAGAGUUUCAGAGAGGAGCCAUUCCCAGCCCUACCUGGAGAUGUCCUCUGGGAUUGAACCUGGGACCUUCUGCACACAAGACGGAUGCUCUACUACUGAGCUACGGCCCUUUCCUAUCCUUCUCAAAGCCAUUGGUCCAUAAAUCUAUUAUUCACACAGCUCAGAGGGAUAUGGCAGGAAGACAGGCAGCCUGGCAUGACCUUAUCUAAUCCAUUCCUCCCAACAUGGGCUUCCAGCAGGGCAGAAGUAACCUUUGGAGAGAUGAAGCACAGUAGCUGCGGAUUGGCUCCAUACUGGGCUGAGGCUCUGAUUGGUAGCCAGAGGGCCCUCAGCUUGUGCUGGUGUCAGCUUAGUGCCCAAAAGAUGCCAAUCACUGACAAGCCAGGGUGCACAAAUCUAAAAUGUGUGUUUGAGCAACCUCGACAAAGACCUAGCCAUCUGUCUCUUCCAGCCUCAAUCAAAUCCCAGCCAUUACAUACCACCAACAAACUAGAGGUUUUUUUGGGGGUGGGGUUAGACUGCAAAGGGGAUGCAGCUAACAAGUAUUGGUUGAAAGGGGGGGGGGAACCCACACACCCACCUUUUCAUUCUGCCUCUGAGUCGAUUUGGCAGUUCAGGAUUUGCACAUUAGAACCCAUUCGGAAUCUGGUUCAGAGGGAGGAAAUGUAUUGAAGGAGCAUCCUCUAAAAUUAGGCCAAAGAAGACAUUGAGCCUCAGAGGCACCCAAUCCACUUUGGGGGGGUGGGAGGUUUGCUUUAAAAAAUAUGUUUAAUAUUCUCGGCUCUUUCAAGACAUGUUUGCACUUGAGUCAAAGGAGCUGGAAAGAGCUGUCACUUUUUCUAAGUCAGCUCUUCAUCCAGGAAAAAGCAAUGGCAUCGGACAAAGAAAUAUAUAUUUUAUUUUUAAAAACCCCAAAUCUAUCUUGUAGCCUUCGGUUGAUGGACUCCACCAGCAGCCCUAGAGGGAUGGGAGCUUGCAAUGGCAUCAAGGAUGAUUUGUGCUUGCUACCGGCAGGUCACACGCUAAGGCUGCUGGGCCCCUUGAGGAGCUGGAUGUAGUUCAUCACUCUAGUACUUAACUCAGGCACUGGACUGGAGGUGCCGACCUGCUGCCCCUUGGAUGGCACCCUCUAGAAUAGCUGGCUCUGCAUCCAAGCAGUUGAUGUUAUAUCGCAUGAACUCCUGAUACCCAACCAAUGGGGAUGCCCUAGAAGCGAGCACUGCGUUCCUUCUUGGAAUGAACCCAGCUAUUUUAAUGGGAGAUGAUUUGGGCCCUGUGUUCUCCAACAUCUUCUAGGUUGCCUGAAGCACAAGUUCUGUCUUCUGCUUCCGACACUAUCUGCACUGUCUGGGUUUACCUUCUAUCCGCCUCAAAACAUCCCCCUUUCCUGCUGUAUUUCCCCCCCUGCCCAUCAUGUGCUGAUAACCAGAGAUGUCAUUCUGGCAUUAGAGAAGCCAAAGAAUCAUUUUCUUUGUUCACUUUAAAUCAGUUGUAUGUCCCAGCACUCCCAAACCGAGUGCCUUUCAGAGGUUUUAGACCGGGGAGAACACCUUUAGAUGGGGAGAACACCUUGGCUCAAUUCACAUUUAGAUGUGACUCUAUCAAAUUUACACUUAAAUCCACAUUUCUCCGAAUUUUGAGAGGCAGUUCUCCAACCAAAUUCCUACACCUGCAAUUCCUGCUGUGAUUCCUGCAUUCCAGGGGACUUGACUAGGUGGCCCUUUGGAUUCUUCCAGCUCUACAAUUCCUUGAUUCUGUGAUUCGAUUAAUGUAUACAAAAAUGCAUAUAUCAGAGAGGAAGUGUGCAAGAGAGAGAGCAUAUAGGUUGUAGACUUAUAAGAAAGGACACGUAAGUUGCUUUAAACUGUUAUUAAUAUUGUGUUUUAAUGUUGCAGCCUGCCUUGGGACCUUCGGGUGAAUGGUGGGUGAUAAGAAUAAAAAUAAAAAAUGUAUUGGUGAAAAUAGAACACACAAAAAUGUGUGUAUUAGGAGAAACUUGCACUAAAAUGCUGUUGAAUCAUUGUGAAGACUUUUUAAAAAUAAUAAUUGCAAACUGAUAUAGAAAUGUUAAAAACAAAACUUGAAAAUGAGAUAUUGGAGUGAAACUGACAAUUUCACCCAUCCCUAACUAUAAUUCCCAUCAGCCCAAGCCAACAUAGACUGCUCCCAUAGCACACUAUCAUUUCUGGGAUGCUAUUGCCCUCCUGCCUCUGAUGUGGGGCAGGAUAUGGCCUCCAUCUAGAUGGGUUGCAUAGAAGAGCAAAGGGAGUCACACCAGAGUCCUUGCAGCAUCCUGGUGCUCUCUCCAUUCCCCCCAUUUGGUAAAGUUGGCCAUUUUGGAAGUAAAUAAGGUAAAGGUAAAGAUAAAUGUGAAUAUCUAGCAGAGGCAGGGAAUCUCUCUUAUGUGCAGCCUUGCAGGGGUCGCAUGCCAGAGGUAGGUGUGACCAGAAGCAAAAGUGGGAGGGGCAAGGGAUGUGAUUAUUACCUUCUGUACAGAUAGGUAAGAGUAAAGGACCCCUGACAGUUAAGUCCAGUUGCAGACGACUCUGGGAUGCGGCGCUCAUCUCACUUUACAGGCCAAGGGAGCUGGUGCUUGUCCACAGACAGUUUUUCCAGGUCAUGUGGUCAGCAUGACUAAGCUGCUUCUGGCGCAAUGGAACACCGAAACCAGAGCAGUGCACGGAAACACUGUUUACCUUCCCGCUGGAGCGGUCCCACCAGAGCGGUACCUAUUUAUCUACUUGCACUUUUUGGUGUGCUUUUGAACUGCUAGGUUGGCAGGAGCAACGGGAGCUCACCUCGUCACGGGGAUUCGAACCACCGACCUUCUGAUUGGCAGGCCCAAGAGGCUCAGUGGUUUAGACCACAGCGCCACCCUUGUCUCUGGCCACCCGCGUCCCUGAUAUGUUCCCAAUAAAGUCAGUUUUCUAUACCUCCCACCCUCAUCUCUCCAUCUUCCAUCCAGACAAGCAGGAGGCAUAUCAGAGUUCAAGGAUGCACUCCAAUGACAAAAACACUUGAGAAUGCCAGAGCAGGGCCAGUGAGAAGUGUUGCUUGGGGACACUUCAAGGGUCAGAUAGAAAGGCCUGGAGGGGUACAUUAGGUCCAUGGGCCUAAGGUUCCCCACCCCAGGCCCAGAUAUAAAUGUUGGAAUAAGCAUUGCUCUGGAUAUCUAGUAACAACUUGCACUCUUUCCCCUGGCUGAUGAUGUUAUAACACCAUUACUUCCCAAAUCCAGUCUGAUGUGCUCUUUCCUAUGACUCAUAAGCUUCUCUUCUUAAUAGCAAUCAACCUCUUCACGGUUUUUCAUCCGGGGGGAGAGAGGAUUAUCAAACUUUCUAAGUAGCUGAAGUAAUUUUGCCUUGAGCCUUUGGUCUCCAGAAAAGCACUUGUGCCUAAUUACCCCAAAAUGGGACACCUUGUCUGUCAUGUCUUCUAGUCAGCUCAAGGAUGUAAGGCCGCCCUGUCAGAAGCUUCUGCGCCUCUCAGGACACACUAAUCCUCCUCCUCUUCCUGGCGCACUAAGGUUCCUGCAUAAGUAACGGCAAGAGUGCCUUUCAGCCUUGCUUUUGCAUAAUUCCCACAAUGCAAAGCAGAUUUGUUUCCCAAAAUCAUUAAUAAGCAAUAAGGAAGGGACAUUAUAUAAGCUGUGCACUUGCUUUUCCCCCCUUGCUUUUUUUUUUGUUAAAAAAAAGAAACCUCAAUUCAAGUCCCUGCACAGCUAAGAUGAAAGAAAAUGCUGUCCAGGGAGGGACAGAGAAGAAGCAGAUGAAGGAUUAAGCUAAAUGCCACCAUGGCUGAAUUUGCAUUUGAUGCUUGGAUAAUACAACAAAGGGCACAUCAAAAUUCCCAGCAGGGAGGCCGGUAGGAAGGAGCCUGCAUGGUGGUGGUGCAGAGACAGACUUGUGCCAAUUUGGCUAUAGAGCAGGGGUAGCCACCAGGGUGACCUCCAGAUGUUGAUGGACAGUAGCUAUGUACAUUUUACCAACUUAAACCACAGCUAGGCUGUUCCUUUGCUGCUCGUUUGCUGGGGAAAUGCAUCAAAACAUAGUAUUCCAUAAGAAAUGGCAAGAUGGAUCUAUAUUGUUGCUAAUGUGGUGUCUAUACCAUUUCCCAAACCAACGGUGGGAGUGCACUAGAUGCAGCGUUAAUGUGAGUCUGUAUACAGCCUAAUGCUCCCACCAGCAUGGUCAUGCUGGAGUAGAAAUAACACUGGUCUGGUAGGAGCUAUACAUCUGUCCAACACAUCUGGAGGGUGCCAGGUUGGCAAAGGCUCAGUUAGAGAGUGGUGUGCCGCCACCAAUUCCUGUUACCACAUUCCACUGCAUUGCCUUUUGGUGUGGUGGCCAAUGUAAUAAUGUAGCACCACAUUGUUGUGAUACAGUGUGCCUCUGGCCAGAGCAGCUGUCUUUUAAACCCCGCCACCACCAACAAAAAUAUUACAGUUGCUGGUGCAGUGGCUGAAAGGAUUUCAGCAUCGUGUAUGUGCUGCCAUUUCAUAACAUUGCCAGCUGAAACCCUUUUUUGGACAGACAGAGGUAAUCAGAGUCGCCUGUCAUAUGGCAACCCGUCCAGGCUAGAUUGCUGUAAUGGCUGUCCUUGAUGAUUGCCCAGAAACUGCCACAAUUGCUGAACUGGGACAGGUCUUUGGGACCACCAUGCCACUUACAGAGCUCCAUUGGUGACUCCUGGUCAGUUUCCAAGCACAUUUUAAACUAUCGGUGCUUACUUUUGAAGACCUUUACAGUUUGUUUGUUUGUUUGUUUGUUUGUUUGUUUAUGCACCACUUACAUGCCCAAAUGCCAUCUAAGACCACUGUAGCUCAGUAUUCUCAAACAAUGCCUGGCAGCAGGGUUUCAGGACACUCCCAGCCCAACCUGGGUUUCAGUAGGAAAGGCCUGAUUGCUUCCCAUUUCAAUCUCACCAGCACUCGAUGGUAGCUCCUUGUUUAGUUCAGACUUUUUGAAAGGUUGCAGAAAUAUUCUGCAUUUAAAUUGUACAUACCUUGUCCCUGCCCCUAACAUAAAAGAUGCACUUUAAAAAAUAUUAAAUGCACAAUCUGCAGUGCUUUUCAGCAUAUCCAUCAUUAAAGUAAAUGUUUGCAUGCAUCUCUUAUGUAAUCUGUUUUUGUGCACCAGAAUGUCUCCAGGGUUUCAGGCAAGGCGCAUUCCCAGCCUUACAUGAAGAUACUAUUGGGGAUUGAAUCUGGGACCUUCUGCAUGCAGAUCAGAUGCUCAGCCUCUGAGCUAUGGUCCUUCCCUUAAAAACAAAGUAAGAUUCUAGCACUCAAGCUUCUGAAUAAAGGGAUGAUUUAAAUAGGAAGCUGUCUUAUACACAGAGCAGAAGUGGCUCUCCAGGAUUUCAAGCCUGGAGUCGCUCCCAGGCAUUCCUGAAGGUGCUGGGGAUUGAACACGGGACCUUCUGCAUGUAAAGCAGAAGCUCCACCACCAAGCUAUGGCCCUUUCCCCAUAGAUGUUGGAAAGAUAGGGCGAUCCCUUCCUGUGGGUCAGCAACUGGGUGCAAAGGAGCAAGACCUGCUAGCGUUCUGAAUGAAUGACAGCCAUGGCAAGUAGCAUUAAUGGGCCGCUGGCUUGUUCCUAAAUGGAAGAUAUGGGGGAAGGGAGUCACCUGUCAAGACUAAUUUCCCUCCUAGUUUGCAGCAGCCCAGUGGGAUGAGCAUUUCCUUGCUAUUUUGCUCUCCCUCACAUGUCUGAGCAUGAGGAGGCCGCUAGGGAGGAGGAGGAGGAGGAGCAGGCAGCAGCAGCAUAGAGGCUCUGGGGGCCAUCAGGAAUAGGAGGGCAAUUUAGCAAAAUGAUUAAAUUACUGCAAACAUUUAUUAAUAGUACCACCACUGCCACCCCCAGCUUCAGUUUCUCUCGGCUGCUCUUUGUCAGGGAGGGGGCAGCUCACACAUAAGAGCAUAAUAGGAGCCUGCUGAAUCAGGCCAAUGAUCCAUCUGGUUUGGUAUCCUGUUCUCACAGUGGCCAACCAGAUGCCUGCAGGAAACCCGCAAACGGGACCUGAGCACAAGAACUCUCUCCCUUCCUGUGGUUUCCAGCAACUGGUAUUCAGAAGAUUUACUGCAUCUGACUAGGCAUGCUAGCUGAAUGCUAUUCACACUGGAAACUGGAAGUUCCAUUUAAAAUGGGGUGGGAAUGUCAUGCAAAGUAAGAGAUCCAAUCACAGGGAGCACAAACUCCCAUCAAAUCCUGCCAACUCCAAAGCCUGGGUGAAUUGUGUUUAGGUCUCAAUUCCUUGGUUGAAAAAUGUGGGAGUCAGUCUCAAACCCCCAAAUUCAGACAGAUUCCAGGUCCUUUGCAACCUCCUAUAGGUGGCAAUUGGACCUCAUUCCAGAGCUCACUUUGGAACUGAGUAUUUUCUACACUGACUCCAAGGCAGGGGGCAUUCCCAGUUCUAUCUGAAGAUGCUACCAGGGAUUGAACCUGGGACCUUAUAUGUGCAAAGUGGAUGCUCUUCUCCUGAGCUGCAACCCUUCCAGUAAUCUGGGUUCCCUCAGGCCCCUUUAGUUGUUUACACACUUUAGCACUGGGGCAUUGCUUUGCCACAAUAGCUGGGAAUGGAAUUGCAAUAGAAAUUCCAAAGACACAGAAGUUUAAUGUCAUGCCAUAAUGCAGCAGCAGCAGCAGCAGCAGCAGCAGCGAUGCCUUUCCCUGUGGCCACAUCCUCUUAUAGCGUUUACUUAUAGAUAAAACCUGUUUAGCAAAGGUCCAGGGCAACUUUAAUUAAAAGCUUGUUGUUUGCAGGUUCUGUCUGUUUUAUUUCUCCCUAUUUAUCCCUGCUAGGGGGUUAGUGAUUAUUUGCUCCCCUGGAACAGCCUCUCUCUCAGAAUUGUCCCCAAUGUCAGUUUGUGUUCCUGCAUGUGAGGAGGUUUUAAUGAAAUAGUCACUUUUCAUAUUGAAAUUGUGCUUUAAAAAGAAAAGAAAAGAAAUGGGAGGAAAUAAAUAAUUAAAGCCUUCUUACACACAGGAAGAGAAACUGAAGCUAAGGCAAUUCAGAGAGAGGUAGUUCCAGCAGGCAAUUCAUAAGCUGUUUACUUGCAAUCACACUGAUGUUCUCAGUAAGAAGCAAGUAGGAUAAUUUUAUUUGAAGGCCCUGAAAAGCCUCAAAACGUUUUGUGCAGCUGGGAUGUUUUUGCCAAUUUGGACUGUGUGAAAUGUGAUAAUGCCUCUUGCUUGCAUGGAUGAAGAACAGAGGUGUGUGAGAGUGUCUUUAGAAUUUUUCAUUCUGUAAAAAGGUAAGAAUUGCAUCCAUUGCUCCACCCACUUUUGCCUCUGGCCCUGCCCACCACUGGCAUGUGGCCCCCAGAAGGUUGCCCAGAAAGCAAUGUGGCCCUCAAGCUGAAAAAGGUUCCGUACCCUGACCUAAAACCUUCUACAACCAAUGUCAUGAAUAUAUUUUGAAUCCAUUUUGGGUUUCACCCCAAGAAUUUGUGGACAGAGGGUGUCUUAUUAAUGGAGCUUCCCCCCCCCACACACACCUUGUUGGGCCAGGCCACUGCUAUUGGGAGAAGAGCCAUAUUUUUGGCCCAGUGGUUUGGGGAGCGCCACGGAGUUGGCAAAACUGACUCAUUCUAUCUCAACGGCUCAUUUGGGAGCUGCAGGAAGAAUCUAUUUAUAAUCAGGCCUUUCAGGUUUGAUUCUUAAAAAGAAGAAGAAGGGCAGCUUCCGGUCCCACCUGCCUUAAUGGAGGCAGCCCCCACGAAAGCGGGGGAUUGUUGGUGAACAAAAACAAGGAUGACAGAGGGUAAAUCAUCCUUGCAAAUUCCCUCCAGGGACAGGAGAAAUGGGCUUCACUCGCAACAGACCAGUAAAAAGAGAUUGAGAGUUGUGUGUGCUAUUGGCGGAAUGUAAUCUAAGAUAAAGUUUAAUUGGGCCAUAAAUCUCUUGUUGGAAGGAAAAGAAUUUUGGGGCUGUGAUAAGAACGCUGCAGAGAUUCUGGGAGCUGGAAAGGAGUAUUAAAUCUUCAGUGCGUUCGAAAACUGCCCACCUUUUUCUAGGCUGAGGGAAGAUCUGUGACAUAUUUUACUAGUGAGACAGAAUGGUUUCUAGCAGACUGUCACCUGUUCUGAGACACCGAAGCAAGGGACGGAGAGAUAAGACCUCUGAGAAACUUUGAGAUUCAUUUCUGCCCCAAGCCACGAUGGGAGAAAACAGCAGCUGGGAAGUGAAAGAGACAACACCAUAUAUGGACAGUAGGAAUCUCCAUGGAUAUAACAGUUUUCACAUACAGGGCAGAAUAAAGAUAAUAGUUUGAGUUCCUCACUUAAAGUUUUAUAAAUUUAUAUAUUGUAACAUCACUAAUGGAAAUCAUUAAUUAUGUAGCUGUUGACUAAGGGAUUAUUAUUAUAACUGAUAUGUAACUGACAUUAAUUAAGAUGAUGGAACACAGUGAUAUAAGAUCAGAAAUGCACCCAAACCAUCAUGUGGGGAGCCACUUUAACAAAAAUGCAUUAAUUGGAAGUUGACUGGCACUUUGAUAAUUGUAUAAUUUGGGAAUUAAUUGCACUGGUCAACAACAAAUUUGUUGUCUGCGUUUUUUCAGUUGAUUUAGGACAAAUCUGAUGCGCUGAAUCCAAAAAUCACAUUGGUUUUGCUCAAUCAGGUCAAGUUUUUGAGUUAUGGCCACAUGUCCUUUUUUUACAUUUUUGUUCACAUGUACGCUUGUGUGGAGCAUUUUAGAAGAAGUUGGUGGGGGUAAAAUGCCAUGUCGAAUAAUUGUUUUGAUUGGAAAUGAUUAUUUUAAUGACAAGAAGUAUUCAGGUCUGAUAGGUCUGGGUGAUUAUGUCGAAAAGGGAUCAGUUUGAAGUCAUAAAACAUCGAAAUCUUCCAUAAAUUGGUGCUGCAAAGCAUAAAGUUGGGGGAUCAAAACUAAGUUAAUGGGGCAGCCGCCCCACAAAGUGUAUAGGAAACUCCACCCAUGUAUGCGCCAACUUAUGGCAUCCAGAUUGAAGGAAAAAAACCUCCUCUCUGACAGUGCUCGCAUCAGCUUCUUCCGCAACAGGCGUCAAGAGUACCUCCGUUUUUUCUCGGGAGAGAAGUACUUGGUGUACUGUGCAGAUAUUGCGCAGCUUCUGCUCAAGCUUGGAGUGCCACAGUAUGAACCCAAAGAUUGGAGACUGUUCAUUGACAGCAGCAAGCGAUCACUGAAAUGUGUUCUGCUACACAACUGCAACCAGUUUGCCUCUAUACCCCUGGCUCACUCGAGUACACUGAAGGAGAACUAUGAAGCAGUAAAGUAUGUGCUGGAGAAAAUUGGUUAUGAUCAGCAUAAGUGGUUUAUUUGUGUUGACCUGAAGAUGGUGAACUUUUUGUUGGGACAACAGUCUGGCUUCACCAAGUACCCAUGUUUUCUGUGCAUGUGGGAUAGUAGGGACCGUGCUCAGCAUUACAUGAAGAAGGACUGGCCUGUGCGGGAGGAAUUGGUGCCUUGCAGAAAAAGGAACGUCAUCAACGACCCUCUGGUGGACAGAGACAGAAUACUCUUCCCACCGCUGCACAUCAAGCUCGGCUUAAUCAAGCAGUACACCAAGGCUCUGGACAAGGAUGGUGACUGCUUCACUUACUUGUGCCAGGCUUUUCCAGGAUUGACCAUGGAGAAGUUGAAAGCUGGCAUCUUUGACGGUCCUCAGAUCCGUCAGCUCAUCAGAGAUCCAGAGUUCAGAAACUCAAUGAACGAAGUGGAACUGGAAGCAUGGAAGGCAUUUGUUCUGGUAGUGAAGAACUUUCUUGGCAACAAUAAGGCCAGAAACUACGCAGAACUUGUCAACAACAAGCUGACUGCUUUCAGAAACUUGGGCUGCAACAUGAGCAUCAAGAUGCACUACCUAUUUUCACAUAUGGACCGGUUUCCUGAGAACCUGGGUUCAAUGAGUGACGAGCAGGGGGGGAGAUUCCAUCAGGUCAUGAAAGAGAUGGAGACCAGGUAUCAGGGUUGCUGGGACACAGUCAUGAUGGCUGACUACUGUUGGACUCUGAAGAGAGACCUCCCUGCCACUGAGCAUUCCUGGAGUUCCAAGAAACAGAAGUUCAAGCCCUGAAGUUUGAAAAAUGGUGAAGCAACAUGCAAUUUACGUGUACUUACCUUUAUCAAUGCCCACCAUUCAGUUUGCAGUAAACCUGACCUGAUGGAGAGAAACAGAUGCCAUUUCCUGAUUCAGCAGUGCAAAAAUACCCUAAAUCAGUUGUAGAAAUCUAGACAACAUUCAAAAAGUAAAAAAUUGUUGCCCAGUGUUGUUAUUGUUAUAAUUUGGCUAUUAUUGGGGGGUAUAUUUGAAAACUAAAUUAUAAAAAAAGAAGACGAAGGGGUGUCUUCAACUCCAGAAGAUUUGUUUUGCAGCCAAAAAUAAUAAGAAGGUGGAAUAUUCAGCCCCUUCACCAUACCGGAAGGGCAAACAUACAGCCAACUCAGUGUCAGUUCCCACCCAUUCCACCCUGGCAAUAUGAGGAAUAAUAAUUCUGGGUUAAUUUACUGGGGCUUGACUAGCCUUUGGGCCUCCAUAUGUUGCUACACUACAACUCUCAUCAUCCCUGACCAUUGACUGUGCUGGCUGGGGCUGAUGGGAGUUGAAGUCCAAAGAAUUCUUUGAGGGCCACCCCUCUUGUAAAGGAGCACAGCCAGAUAACACAUGUGAAGUCCUUUGAACACUUGAAAGCCCUGUACAAAUGCUAAGUAAUGUUAGUUUGUUUUCAAUCAAAGAUCAAACAAAAGAGCAAGGCAUCUGCAUGUAUUCUUGUAACAGGAACUUCUGUCCUUGAAUCCUUUGCGCAUAAAAUGAUUGUCUACUUGAGGAAGCAACUAUUUAGCUAUGAUCUCACAGUGCUUGUGUUCCUCUGGGCAAUCUGCUCCCUUGUCCCCUCCAUCCUUCUUCUCUAAUGCCUCCUAGAUUCAGAAGCAAGAACAGGAGGAGGCUAUCUCAGCAUCUGGCCAUCAGCACACUUUAUGACAGCAGAUUCCUUAAAUUAAUUAAGCAUUGUGUGAAGGAGGGCUCCCUUUUGUUACUUGGGAACAUCUUGCCAGUCAGCUGGAUGACUCAUCCAAGCAGGACCCACUAAAGGUUUUUAUUUUCUUUUUUAGAUACCCUGAGCAAAUUAUAAUCUUUCCUCCCUCCUAUCUUAUCCUAUGCUAAUGAGCAGGAUGAUAGCAGCUGAUCAAGAGUUGCCUGCGAUGUGAUUGUCACAAUUCCAUUUAUGUUAUCCCUUGCUUCUUCACCUCCUCUUUGAAUUGCAUCAGUGUGCCAGGUGGCAAGUGGAGAUGAGGCCAGGAAAACUCUUCUCAGUCCAGUCCCCUGGAAUUCUAGGUUUCACCCACAAGCUGUCAUCAUGAUGCCCCAGGGUACCACCUCUAAAUGUACAGGCAGUGCUUGUCUGCAGGGUAUUUUCCAGACAGCAGAGGCAGGCCCCAGAAAUCUUGGCACACAGGCAGCUCCCUAACUUACCUGAGUGCUAUGUAAUGUUCAUAGGAAUAUAUUGCCUACUGAAGGAAUGCAGGAGGAGAUCCUGAUCGGUUUUCUAUUCACGCUUCACACCUGCAACUCUAAGAGCACUUCCAGGCUUGUUUAUUGGGCACUCAUCCUGAUUGGUUUGCAGGUAAAAUAGGCUAGCCUGACUACAUUAUGAGCAUUCAUUCAGAUUUGUUUGCAGAGGGAUUAGGGGGUCACAUCCACACCCUAGAUUUUAUGCACAAGGCUUCCCUAAAAUAAUAUUGGGAACUGUAGUUUACUCUUCCUGGAGUAGCAAUUAGCAGCACCCUUGAAAAACUACAGUUCUCAUGAUUCUUUGGUGGGGGGAGCCAUGUGUUUUACAUGUAAGGUGUGUGAUUGCAUCAAAACAAGUGUUACUUUAUACUUUCCAGGGUAUUUUCUCAUCACUCUCUUUGGCACAAAAAGGGAUGUUUUUACUAAGAAAGCAAGUUUGUUGUGCAAGGGCUCCCAACAAACUGAUUUGUCCAGUAUGUCCAGUAUGGUGGCAGCCUGGGAGCACCCUGAGCUAGUUGAAGCAUGCUCUGAUUUUGUGUAAGGCAGCCUCCUGUGAUAUCACUAUGAUGCUCCUUUCAUUCCUCUUUGGUAGUCAGUUGCAGGGAAAAAAUCCCCAAAGAUGGUGUCUUGUCUAUUUGCCCCACUCAGCUGCCCAAACUCCACUGUCUCACUUUGCCUCAUGAUACGACGUCCUCAGAAAAUGCCUGAAGUUGCCUUCAGAAAAUGCCUCAGUGUGAAGCCCAUAAGCAGGACCUGAGUGCAAUAGCAGCAUUCUCUCUCCCUGUGAUUCCCAGAAUCUGGAAUUCAGAGGUGUUCACUGAUGGUGGAAGUAGAACCUAGCCAUUGAUAACCUCCUCCUCCUCCAUGAGUUUGUCUAAUCCUCUUUUAAAGCCAGUCAUGUUGGUUGCCAUCACUACGUUUGCUUUUUCAUUCCUCUCUUUGGGGGUCUAGAGGUGGGGGGAGGAUUUGCAGCCUACCCAAUUUGCACUUCUUAAACCAAUACAAGAACCAAAAUGUACUUCUCAUUGCGGUUCUGCAACCCCCAAAAAUAAUGAUGCAUACCAGACUGCAGAUGUCUGGGGCAAAUGGAGAUAAAACUACAUUUACCCAUGAAAACAACUUUCAAAUGCAUUAAGUGAGAGAGAAUGGACAGAUUUGUCCAUUCCACUUGUGGAUGCAUUGAGGUUCAUGCCAACCGUUCCUCUGCGUUGAGCAAACAAGACUCUUGUGUUGAGUGACCUGCACAAUUUGGCUGAGGAUUGAAUCCCCAGUCAGGGCCACCACCAUAACCUGGAGCCUGAAGGAGCUUCUGAACCCUAUCAGAGACUCAGGAAGGAUUUGCUCCCUGCCAUUCCAGCCUUGCUCCUUUUUUUCUCUGUCACUGGGGGGAAAUCCCUUUUGACAGCCCAGGCAGAGAACUUCUAAUUCCUGUCUACAGCUCAUUUUUUCACUUGAAUCCCUCAGCUAAAGGAUUUUAAUGCUUGAUGGAUUCAACCUAAAUUAUUUCCGUUCCAUGGCUUUGCAAAAGCCGUGUGUGCGUGUGUGUGCAUGCAUGCAAGGGUCAGGCAGCUGGGAGGAGGGAGGUCUUGUUUGCAUGACAUUCUCUGAUAAUCUCCCCUCUCCAAGGGAAUUGCACUCUGUGGCUUGUCUCCAGAGCUCCUUCUUGAUGACAGUCCCCCUUUCUUACUCCUGCCUUGGGGUCCCAGGACUUCUCAGGAUCUCUCCAUCAGCUUGGACAGCUUUAAAAGAGGAUCAGACUAAUUCAUGGAAGAGGAGGCUAUCAACAGCUAGUAGCCACAGUGACUAUGUUCUGCCUUUGCUCUCAGAGCCAGCAAAUGGCUCUGAAAACCAGUUGAUGGAAGUGGAAGCCACAGGGCUGGGGGGGGGGGUUGCUGUGCACAAAUUCUGCUUGCCAGUUUCCCACAGGCAUCUGGUUGACCACUGGACUAGAUGGGCCACUGGCAAGCUUAUAUUUUGUUCUCAUUUUGAACACAGGGGCUACUUGUGCUGCUCUCUGCAUGUCAGGUGUUGCACUUUGGAUGGUUUGCCCCAGAAAAUGGCUAGGAAGCCAGAUAUAUCAAUGCCCUGAGCAUUGGUGGCUGGUGCUUAUAGGGUUUGGUGGUGAGGAAGGCAGGGAGAUCGACAGUAGGCAGGGCCAUAACAGGUGGCAGGCAGAGACAACUAAUUCUGGUGUUGCCCCAUCCUAGCCCUCCUCCUUACUGAGUUCAACAAGGGCAACACUGAUAAAAAGAAGGAAGCUGUAUCCCCUUGGACUGGUUGUUAGAAGGCAGGCAGGUCUAGGCUAGUUGAGGGCAGUCUGAGGCUGGUGUGGAGCAGUGCUGCUUUAACCCUAAUGGAGCAGCCUGCACCAGCUGAGCUAGGCCUGGACCUAGGUGACGCAUGAAGUUGAGUGUGCCUGCCAGCAGUCAUGUAUGGUGACUCUCUUUAAAGGUUGAUUAGCCACAUUUGUGGGGCAUGCUAGCACAGCCUUCUUUACCAAUCUGGUGCCCUCCAGGUAUGUUGGACUACAAUUCCCACUAGCUCUAGCCUGCUAACUGGGGUUAAUGAGAGUUGUGGUUCAACACAUCUAGAGAGUACCAGGCUGGGGAGAAUUUGUCCAGGAACAGCUCUUUGUCAUUAGAUCCCAAUGGAGCCUUCAGGUUCAGAGGAGUGGAUCUGGGAAGCAGAUGUGUACCUAGGCUCCCUUGCACCCUUAGCAAAGAACUGUGUCAGCACCUCCGAAGCCAGGAGAGACCAUGGACCAGAAAAUCAAAAAGUUUGCUAUUUGUUUCCUUUUGCACUCUGCCAGUGACUUUCUUCGCAGCCAUCAGGGUUGGGUCUGCUUUGUUCUGCCUCCCCUCCUCCUCCUCCAUUGGUGCAUCUUUCUGCCCUUUGGCCUUCCUCCUUCCCUCCCUCCACUGCAGAAUUUUCUGAACUGUGUGUCGUGACAUGUUAGUGUGUCGGCUGCAGUAUGUAGGUGUGUUGUGCAAACGCUCCCUGCGCUCCUCCCGGGGCUGGAAAGGGGUUAAUUUAACCUCCGGUUUGCUAGUAAAACUGAAUUACUGUGUCGUGAAAUGAUGCAUGUCUAAAAAGUGUGUUACUAACAAGAACAGUUUGGAAAGCUCUGCUCCACUGGCUGUUUUCCCUUCUGCCUCCUUCCUCCCUCCCUUCCCUUUUCUUCUUCCAUCAACUCUCAUGCUACCUCCAAGCCCCACUUUUUCUAGAAAAAGAGGUGCGGGAACUUCUUGACCUUUUCUUAGGGGAGCACCUAGCCUGAGUUCCUGAGCUUCUCUUCUGGUGCUGCUGCCCUCCACCGCAUCAAUCAUGCCAUCAAUCAGAUUCUUCCACUGAGGCAACCAUAGGAGCUUGUGUCUUGCCCAGCUGCCCAGAAGAGCAGCCCAGGGAGCAUGCAGGUUGGCUUCUAGCCACUCUAAGCCAGAGUGGAGAGACACAAUUUUUGUGGCACCCACCCCCUGGGCCUAUGCUCUUGGUGAGGGCCAACCUGAACAAUCCCUAGGUAUGCCCCUGCUGGGGGGGUCUCACUAUUGUGGAUGAACAAAGACACAGAUGCUCUGCUUGCAAGUUUUCCCAAAUUGUUACCUCCACUGCUAAGAAGUGCUGACUUAGGGCUCAUCCACACUUCUCUUGAUUUCUAGGUGUGGGUCCGAGAGGUUUUUCUUUUGUUCUGCCACUUUCCCUUGGAAAACCCACAAUUUACUGCUGAAACAGAACAAACAUCAAUGCACAAAAAAACUGAUUGAUGAGUCCUCAGAUGAACUCUUGGUCUGACCUAGGAGGGCUUUCCUUAUGUUCCUGUCCUGGGGGGGGGGGCAUCUAUGAUGUCACAAGCACCCUUAAAAACAUGUUGGGUUCCUCACACUCUCGGGGCUUGUCCCAGGAUCACAUACCUCAUCUUUAGUCAGAUAAUAUUGGCUGUGUCUGUAUUCCUGCUUUUGCUCAGAAACAGGAAAACAAUUCUGACACUCAGCCUCAAACCCUGCCACUGAUGCCAAAGUUUAAUCCAUUUAAUAGCUGGAAGGAUUUCUCUCCCUCUCAUGCGUAAGACAUUUAUUAACAUUCUGUUUUAAUUGUCUUAGAUUUCAGUGAUAUCCGGAAAGGGGUGUCUUAUAUAACCUCCUUAUGCACACUCAGCUUGUCAGAUCUGAAGUGCCCAGGAACGGUUUUUGAGUUUGUGUGUCCUGGCUUGCUCUUUCGCAUAAAGCCAUGAAAAGUGUGCAAGUGUUAAGUGCUUGAGCCUGUUUCAAUUUGUAUUUAAAGGCCAAAUCCCUUCCUCUGAUGCAGAGUCUGGUUUUGGCCAUCUCCUUUGCAUUGCAAAUGCAACCGUAGCUCAUUGAGGAACAGAAGAUUGCCCCAGUUUCCAUGCUGCCUAGUGGUUUUGCAUGCCAUCCCCAAGGGUGCCUCUGGCUGUGACUAAGCAUGGAGGGACCAUCAGUCCAUGCAGCGGAAUCAGAGCCCAAUGAAAUGUGGAGUUUUGUGAACUGGAGCCCAUCCACAGCAAUGGGGGGAUGAUUUUUUCGGAAUAUGGUACCCCUUAUAAAAUAUUCAAAUGAAUACUCUGAUGACUGGCACCACAGGCUUAAGGCAAAAUCUUAAUAUUCUGCUCUGGGGAGGGGGAGAUGGGUAGAACUGGGGGAAACUUAAUGUUUUGUUUGUAUUUUGUUGGAAAGCAAUAAAAUGUUUUAUUUAAAAAAUACAGCCCAGGGGCAGCUAACAUAUUGCCCUCCAGAUGUUAAGAAAAUCAGAAGAGCCUGCUGGAUCAGGCCAAGAGGGCCCAUCUAGUCCAGCAUCCUGUUCUCACAGUAGCUACCCAGAUGCUUGCAAGCAUGACCCAAACACAAGAGCUUUUCCUCUUCCUGUCGUUUCCAGCAACUGGUAUUCAGAAGCAUUUACUGCCUCCGAUGGUAGAGGCAGAGCAUAGCCAUUGUGGCUAGUUGGUGCCUGUCACUGCCUCCCGUAGGAGCGAGUUGCUAGACUUCAUCUCCCAUCAGCCUCAGCCAGCAAUGCUCACAGACUGAGACAACGGGAGUUGUAAUCCAACAGCAUCAGGAGGGCACCAUGUUGCUUACCUCUGAGACAGCAGAGCAGUGCCUGGUCAUCAGGCUAAGCAGGCACACAAGUCACUCACCUGGUUUCUUCCCCGCUAUGUUGAGAUGUGUCAUAUUUCUAUUUAAAUUAGAGCAACUGGGUUGUAUCCAAAUGUUAGUCGUACUCAGAGUAGACCCAUUGGAAUGAAUAGACCUGAGUAGGUCUAGCCCACAACACAAUCCUUUAUUUCUCAAUGUGCAUCUAUAGAUAUAAACCACCAAGGGGACUUUUUUAUGCAAACUGGUCUCUUUUUUUCUGUAAUGCAUAACAGGCCUUACUAAAUCCAUGCUAUCAUUGGCUCUUGGCCAUAGACCAAGAGGAUAUCCCUUCUUUUAAACCACAUGGCUUCUUCCAAAAGGAUCCUGUGAACUGUGGUUUAUUAAAGGUGCUGGGAACAGUAGCUCCAUGAAAGGUAAACUACAGUUCCUAGGAUUCUUUGGGGGAAGCCAUGUAAUUAAAAGUAUGUUGUGGGGAGUCCAGUUUCAUCGUCUCCCGAGACGGGUGUGCUUCACGGAGGCUCCACGGUAAAUGCAGCUGCUUGAGGGGUUCUGGGGGGGACACGGUGGCUAUGCGACCCCCUCAAAGGGUAUCUGAAAGGUAUCUGGCAGCAUCAGUGGCAGACCUAUAUUUUGGGGAGCUCUGAAACUUGAACUGAUGUGGGGGCCCUUUCGCAACCAGCAAUCCUAUGCCUUUAGGAAAAUAUACAUGCAUGAUGCCUUUUUAAAAGCAAUUUUUAAGAAAGCAAUGUGGACUAAAGUCUCUUGUGGGGUCCCUCCUGGAUUAGGGGCCCUGAAGCUUAAACUUCAUUAGUUUCAUGGUAGAUCUGCCCCAGAUCAGAAUUGUAGAGUUGGAAGGGACCUGAAGGGUCCUCUAGUAGUCCAACCCCCUGCAAUGCAGGAAUCACAGCUAAAAAAUCCCUGACAGAUGGCAAUGCAGGGAAAAAUCUCCAGGGAGGGAAGGAGAAUCAACCACCUUCCAAGGGAGUUCAUUCCAUUGUUCAAUAGCUAUUGCUGUCAAAAAGCUCUUCCUAAGGUUUAGUCAGAAUCUCCUUUCUUCUAACUCAAAUCCAUUGGUUCAGGUAGACCGCCCUAAGCUCUGAUCCUCACAAUGUCUCCAGCCAACCUUCCCCACUGGCUGGGUACAGUGAGCCCUUGGCUGCUCUCAGGCACUCUACCAGUGUAAAUCACAAUUUGUGCGGGGAUUAAAGCCAGCACACACACAAAAGCCCCCAAGUCUUCUUUGCUGUUGGGAUUAUUCUCCUGUGAAGCGAAGCCUGGUGUGCUGGGCAGCAGCAAAUAACUCUCCAGCUGUAAAUGGGCUGCACUGCAGCCUCCUCCCUGCCCCUCAUUAUCGUUCAGUGGGAGAGCAUUCCUGUGAAUGCAGAAGAUUUGGGGUUCAAUCCUGGGCAUCUCCAAUGAAAAGGAUUUCAGGCGGAGUGGGAAGGGAAGUUAAGAAAGACCUCAGAAUUUGCUUCAGAGAGCAUCUGCCAGAAUGAAAAAUAAAUAUAUACAUACUGAACUAGAUGAGCAAAUCCAACCUAGUAUAAGGCUACAUCCAUGGCAGAGCUUGCCCAGCUGAAUUCAUCUUUGACAACCCUUCUUCCCCCCUGCCAAAUAUUAAUAGGUCCAGUACUGAAUGUGUACUUUGUGGCUCCACAGAUGCAGCACUGGACACUGGCUGUCAUUUCCUUGCAACUCUACUUCCAUUUAUUUAAGGAGAACAGGUUUCUAGCACUUAGAUGACAAAGAGUUCCAUGAUGAAACACUGUGGCAAAAACGGUCAGGUAAGGUGCACACUGUAUUAUUAAUACAAACCUGCUCAUCUUGCACAUCGGUUGAUAACAGGUUGCAGUGUCCAGCUUUUCACAGGCACAGAAUCCUGUUACUGUUGUUGCUAAAGUAAAAGCGUUCCUUCCUAAUAGGGCUCCUCUGCAUUUAGAAGGGAGAAUUUCUGUGAGUGCAGCUUCUGCGAUCAUUCCAUCAUUCAGAUGAGAAAAGUAGGCCUGAUAUAAAAUAGUAUCUGUCCUCAUGCUCCACCAAUGCAGGAACAAAACAAGGCCUAGAAAAUGUUUCAGACUUUAUGUGCAUCACCGUAUGAACAGUCACACUAAGAUUUGAGGGACACCCUUCAAGCAUCCAGGGCAGCUUUACCCUAAAAUCUUUUUAUGGUAUUUAUUUAUUUAUUAAAUUUGUAUACCGCCCUUCAGCUGAAGAUCACUGGCUAAUUCACAACAUAAAAAUGUAAAAUGAGAACACACAGCACUUAAUGGAAACAAACAAACAAAAAACUAACCAGUACUGGCCAGGCCACCCCAAGUGAGAGGCACUGCCAAGCAGCCUUAAAAAACUGCCUUUUGGGAAGGUGAUGUUUAGGGUUCUUCAUAAAAGUACAAUGACAUAGCUAGCAAGUGUUGUAUGUUGGGAGUACAACACACAGCACCAGGGCCAUCCCAAAUCAUUCUGCUGCCUACAGUGAAAGCAAAGAUUCAGGAUGGGUGAAUCUGUCAAUUUCAGUGUCUCUCAGUUUCUAAUUUCUGCUUUUUAAGUUUAAUCCUUCACAUUUCUCAGUUUUGUUUCAGUCCUCGUGAAAAUUCACCAGCCUUUUAGUGUGAAAUUGUCCCAUGUUUGUAUGCAAUUUUUCCCAAUAUACACAUUUUUGCAAAGCAACUUGGGUAUGUUCUUUCCACUAAUCUAUGAAUUUUUGCACACAUUACUUGGCCAGAGUACUGCACUGCAAAAUUCAGAGAAGUGCACAAUUUGAAACUUGGGAUAUUUUAAUAUUGUUUUAGAAAGCACAAAAUGGGUAAGGUAAGAUUGCCUAUAAAUGUGAACAGAAUUUCUCCCCCAUAUCUAAAUGAGCUGGCGCUCCCAUUCCACAUACAGAAUUCUACUUGGCUGGUGGCUGAAUCUGACUUCAAGGCUGUGGAACGAUGUCCAACUCUGUACUCGGGGGCAGUAGACUAGCUUAAAAGGUAGAGAGGAGGCUUAAAUGACUUGAGUGGGGGGCAGUGGAGGGACAGCUGCUGCCCCUGCCAUCUGCCCCCUGAGACAGCUACCUUACUCUCCCUCAUGGUAGGGCCAGCCCUGCACAGAAAUAUCCAGGCCAGCCCUACCAUGAGACAGAAAUGUACAGUAGGUACAUCUACACACACAAACACACAUCCCAGAAUGCUAGGGAAAGCAUCAUUGUGCAGAUCAGGCUGCUGUUAAAGGUCAAAGAGGAGGAGUAGAAGGAAGCAAACAAAAACAGAACAAGGAUGCCUGGUAGCCAUUAUGAGGCCCUCUAAUCCUAUGCUGAGCAGAACAAAAUUGAAGCUGCCCCCUCUACUCAAAACAAUUACUGAAACUUUAUGCAAACUCUAUUUGUGUGGGAUGGUGUUCCUUGGGAAAUGGCCCAAAUUCCAUGCAUAUGCAAAUUGGCUGUACGUCCAAGUAAACUUCGAGUCAUUGCUGCAGCAGCUAAUUUCUUAUUAAUCAGUUUUGAUGGCACUGUUUUGCCCUGGAGAGGAUGGUAGUUUCUGCCUUUACUGUAACAAGCACCUUUAGCACCCAAGAGAUUGCCAGGUCAAAACCUAACUGAAAUUCUCAUUGCUCACGGUCUCCUUUCCUAUCUGUACAAUAAGUGAUCCCAAUGAGCAGUAUCGAAACCAAAUGUCUCUUCUCUUUCUGAACGAUUUUGCCAAAUAGCAUCCCAUUCACAUUUAAAGCCUGCACAUUCCUUUACAGGUUUUAUUUUCAAUUUAGCAUUUCUGCUCAGUUUUAUAAAACAAGCAUACUUAUUUGGAAAAAAGGCAACAAACAGAAAGAAAUAGAAAAAUAUAAAGGAUUGCAUCAACUAUUUGGUAGGCAUUAUAAUAUAACUAUAUCACUCUUGAGGUUCUCCUCUGGAGGCUCUGAGCCCUCUCUCACUCUACCUCCAUGGUCAUGAGUUGACGAGUGUAGUCAGCUUUUUGUCCCUUGAAAUGUACCUACAGCUGAAGGAGGAAGUUAGAAAAGUUACAUUCUUUCUCACUUCCUCUUUCAUCUCUAUGUAAUUUUCAAGGUGCUGAUUAAUUCUACUGGAUCUGACUUACCAAGAUCCUUUGGAAAACUGAAGUGUGUGAGUGUGUGCCCAAAAGUCUUUCUGUCUUUCUGUGGGAGGGUUCUCAUCUGUGUGUGUGUGUGUGUGUGUGUGAGAGAGAGAGAGAGAGAGAGAGAGAGAGAGAGAGAGAGAGAGAAGGGGUGGCACCCUCAACACUCACUCAAAAUCUAAAUCUGCCCAUCAGCCAAAAAAGUUUGGCAACCCCUGUAUUAUAUCAUCUCAAAUAAAUAUUUUGGAUCUUGUGGAGAAUGUGCUUGGUUAAAGACAGCAUUCGGUAAACACUUUCCAGUUCUGUCUAAACACUGAAUUGUAGAGCUGGAAGGGACUUUCCUCAAUUGACUCUUAAUAGCUUUGCCAUAAGUGCCUAUUUGUACAAUUUCCCUUCCCAUUCCGUUAGGACAGGAAUUUGAGCUUUCCUCCACUGUUCCAAUAUCUAGCUAGCAUAACACAUUCUUGCUGUGACACUCAUACAGCAUAUUCAUUGGUUAACCAGCAGAAUUUAUUCCAUAAAGCAAAUCUCCCUGUUUCUGAGCACUCUCAAAGCAUUUCCAAUCAGGUAAUGAUCUUUAGCACCCUCCAGACAAUCUGUUUCAAGGAACAUUUUUCUCUGUGGACCUACAGUCAGUCGCAGGGCCCUUUCAAGCACUCAGUACCUAGGAAAUUAAAAGUUUGAGAAGGCAGCUAAAAGGGUAUUGUGUGCUGAGCUGAAUGACAUAGCAACACAGGAAACUGCCUUGGACCAACUCAGACCAUUGGUUCAGUUGGUCUACACUGACUGACAGCAGCACUCCAGGGUUUUAGGCUGGGGAUGCUCUGCCACUGAGCUUGUUUUCUUCUCUCCCAGCAGCAGCUGAAUGCCACUGUUGCACACAACACAAAGGCAGAUUUAACUGUAAUUCCUGCAUUGCAGGGGGUUGGAUUAGACGACCUUUGGGGCCCCUUCCAACUCUGCUUAUAUUCUAUUCCUUUUCCCCCACCAUCGGUUUUCUCACUGGUUCAUUAAGUCAAGAGCUUUGACUUUUUUGCAGUUCAGAUGAAAAGGAGGUCAUGUGCAUGAAUCAAGGUGAAAUGAUCCUUCCUUGGAAUCUGCACUCAGGAUAUUUUGGUGCCCAGAUGAGGUGGAAAAUUAAAACGGCCUAUCCUGCCUCUGGGUAAUUAAAAUGGGCCAAAUUGCACGGGAAGUUUGCUGCACUGAAGUAAAUGGCUACUGCACCCUUCUGCUUUCAUUCAAGUCCCAUUCAAUUCAAUGAGGUUUGUGGUGGAGAUUUUACCCUGUGUUAAUUAGCCAGGCAGGGAAGGUACUAUCUGAAUAUGAAGCUGAGAAAUUUCCAGCCCCUAGAACAGCCCCUGCCACAAUCUUGCACUACACAGGAAUAUUGGAAGCUGCCUCACAACACAGCAUGUCAUUGCUCCAUGUAGCUGAGUAUUGGCCACACUGACUGGCAGCAGGUUUCCAGGAUUUCAGACAGGGGUCUCUCCCAUCCCUACCUGGAGAUGCCAGGCAUACAAAGCAGAUGCUCUACAGCCCCUCUUUACAUUGCCCUCUGUGUGAGUGAUGUAAUGCUGUCCUAAGUUGCUGCACCAAUGAUGCCUUGUCCUGUUUUGCUGCACUAGCAUCCAGAUGCCAUGACUUGCAACCCCACCUUAGCGGCAUCAAGGGUAGGUCUUGCCUCUGACUUUGUAUGACGUUACUUAAUGAAAUGUUUGUUCCACCUUGGGAAGCAAGCAGCGAAUAAGCGUAUUAUGUAAGAUAUUAAGUGUCUUGACAAUUCUGUCCAGCCAGAUGGCAAAUAAUCCAUACUCCCUCUGGAGAGGCGGUUCUUGCAGAGAGCAGUUUAGCAGUGUUAGUUUCUUUUCCUCCUUGGGCUUGUUUCUUGGUCUUGUUCAAUCAAUCCAGCCAGCCAGCCAGCUCUUUUGCAUUCCAAAAGUAUAAUGUCCUUCUCCUGUUAUGUGCUGAUCUGAAUGUGCUGAUCAGGAGGAGAGAAGCUGAGAACAUAAAAAGUAAAUGAGCCAACAUGUGAAGUCUGACUCCCAUUUAUGACCUGUUUUGGACCAGGUUACAGCAGGCCCAUUAAAAUCCCUCCCACUGAAGUCAUUGCAGGAGACAUUCCUUGUGCCUGGGCUGGACCUGGGUCUUGUGCUGUCAAAGAGACUGUGAUCAUAACCUGGAGUAUAACAGAGCACAGCAGCUGUCUCCAAACUGAUGGUUGUGCUCUGCCUCCAUGAUCAGAGGCAAAAAACCUUCUAAAUACAGUAUCAGUUGCUGGAGAUCACAGGAAGCGAGGGUUGCUGUUGUGCUCAGAUCCUGUUUGUAGUCUUCCUAGAAGAGGCAUCUGGUUGCCCAUUGUGAUAGCUCAGUUAGUAGAGCAAGAGACUCUUAAUCUCAGGAUUGUGGGUCCGAGCCCCAUGUUGAACAAAAGAUUCCUACAUUGCAGGGGGUUGGACUACAUGGUCCCUAUGGUUAGACCCUUGUGAUCCCUUCCAGCUCUAUGGUUCCUUGAUUCUAUGGACUUGAUGAACCUUUGGCCUGAUCCAGCAGGGCUCUUCUUACGUUCUAAUGGCAGAGCAUGUGCUUUGUAUGCCAUUAGCCCAGCCAACAUGACCAAUAGUCAGGGUCACAGAAGGAAUUCAGCAACAUGUGCAGGUGUACCAGCCCUGUGAUAAAGUAUCAGUGGGUUGGUUAAUCUACCAAGGCCUCCUUGAUGUAGCUUUCCUCCUGGGAAGGAGUGUUGCCCAUCUGCUGCCAGUGGAACUUUUUGCUGUAUUGAUCCCCGGAGGGCUUUCAAAGCCAAUGUCUCGUUCCUAUUUCUGCCUCAGUGAUUUCCUCUCUAUUAAUAAGGCAACUGCUUUCAACCCUGAUGAGGUUUCCAGCUGGAAAGUAAAGCUUCCUUGAAGCAAUUACUACUUGGAAUCUGAAACAUUGCUAGAUCUAGCUUGGCACUGACUGCAUCAGCCUUCCCCAACUUGGUGUCUCCACAUACCUUGGACGACAACUCCCAUCAGCCCCAGCCUGCAUGGAUCUAUGAUGCUGGGGCUGAUGGGAAUUGUAGUUUAAAACCUAUGGAGGGCCCCAGGUUAGGGGAGGCCAGACUAUGUUAUAUCGCUGAACCUCACCUACCAUGUAAGAUGUGGGAAUAGCCACCAGCUUUGAUGAUAACUUCAACAGCAAAAUGGAAGCUCUCUCUUCAGAGGCAGUCUGUGUUUCUGAAGUCCGGGCAUCAGAAGCAAAAAGCCUGGAAACGAGGUCAUUUUCAUAUCACGCUGGAGGGCUUCCUGGUGGUGUGGUGUAUGGUCCAAAGGACCUACACUCAAUUUGAGUUUCAGAUGGUUCCCCUGACAUAAAAAUAGCUGGCAGGGAAGCUAACUCCACCAGGGAGAGAUUAUCUGCCUGGAUGUUUGUCAAUAAGGUACAUGAGAAUGACAAGAGUGGAAAAGGGUGUGACCUUUGGCUGCUGAUAUUGGGUAUCUACCUGGACAGUUUCCACAUUUACUUUUGCACAAGAGAAUCCAAUUACAUGUUAAUACCCUUUCCCCAACCCCUGAGGGAUAGUUAACCCAAUAUUGAUUACACUACAGAACUUGAUAACUUGAUGAGAUGUUCCCAGUCAGGCAUCUUGGGCUUCACAAUGGAUCUGAGCCAGAUCACCUGACCUAAUGAAUUUAUAAGUAGACACUGUUGCAGAAUAGCUACAGGAAGGGUGGGGAACAUCCAGCCCAUGGGCCAGAUAUGACCCUCCAGUCUCCUCUAGCUGGCUCUCAGGAUUCCCUCCAAACCACAUGCCCUCCCCCUAGGUUACACCCAUCAUUGUCCCUGUUCUGCACCCUCCUAGAAUGCCUUUCCUUGAUGGGGAUGUGGCCUCCAUGAAGUGCAAUAAUGCCUCCUGCUUGUGUGAUUGUUGCUAAUUAUUUUUACUAUUAAUUUCAUUUUUCACCCACCCUUCAUUCUAAGAUCCCAGGGCAGUUUACAAUAAUUGAAAGAUUUUAGAUCAGGUAGAAGAAGUUACAGGCACAGAAACAGAGGCUGUUCUGAAAACACACCUCUCAGGUGUCAAAGACUAGAGUAAAGAGGUGCCUCUUCAGCAUCCCCAAAAAGCCGUUCAGUGAAGCUGCCAGAUGCACCUCUGUGGGGAGAAGGGAGUUUUACAACUUAGGGGCUGACACAGAGAAUGUCCUCUUCCAGGCCAACACCCUCUUAACUUCUGAGGAUGGUUGAACUACCAAGAAGGCCUCCUCUGUUGAUCUUAACUUCUAAGAGGAUUUCUCCGGAAGGAGGCAGUCUCUCAGAUAUUUGUUGCCAAAAGUUAUUUAGAGCAUAAAGCACUAAUGUGAACACUUUGAAUAGGGCCCAGAGCUCAGAGGGUUGCAUAACCAGUUGGAGGAUGGAGAGAUGUGUGGAGGGGAGGGAAUGGAGUUGGAGGAUGGAGAGAUGUGUGGAGGGGAGGGAAUGGAUGUUAGGAACUUUUGACUUUUGCUUGACUGGAAUGUGGCCAAGUGUGCAAAGAUAACAGCCGUGUCUGUUGCUCUGCCCGAUUUUGUUGCUAGCUCAGAUCACCACUGGCUGUCCUUAUCAAUCACCAGGAGGUUCUCAGCUAUUUCCAAGCUAGGACUGGGCUUGAAAACCUGUACUUGCCAACCCAGUCCCUUCUAGAUGUUUUGGACUACAACUCCCAUGGGGGGGGACCAGGUUAGCAAAAGCUCCUGUGCCUCAUCUUGAGUUCCAUGAUGACUGUCAUAAAUGAAUGUCAGUGCAGGCCCCCUUCGGACUGAAUGUGGGGGGUGCUCACAGAACAGGGUGCCAGUCACACCGGUGGGACUUGUGCCUGAGGAUGUCCCACUCAGUUUUGACCCAGGGCUCUGAGGCCUUCCACCCUGAUGCCCUCUGUGACAUCCAUAUUCUGUUUCCUGAGCUGACCAUAGGGAAGCAGGACAGGCAGGCAUCAGGAUACACCUCACCCAUGUGGAUGCCAAGAGUACUUUGUUAUCUCUCCGAGGGCAAUAGAAUGGUCUUGUGACAAGGGUGCCAUUCUUGGGACCCUUUAAAUCUGGCUGUGCCAAGCGACAGCCCCCCCUCCAUCAGGGCGCUGUUGCUGCUGCCAUUCUCCUCCUCCUUCUCCUCCUCCUCUGCUGGAGCUCUCCAAAGUGCCUCUCUGCCUUCAUUCCCCAUCUACGAGUUCAUGCUCUGGUCCAGGGUGAGCCUGGCGUUGAAAGUUGGCUGACUCCACAGGUGAGGAAGCGAGGAGAGGGGGGAGGAGGGAGGGGAUCCGGUGUCUGCUAAGGCGGGGAGUGGGGGGGGGAAGCUUUGGUGCAUCUUUUGGCGAAGGUUCUCCCCACCCUCCGCACUACUCCUGUUUGGGAAGUGAGGGUCGCCUUCCUUCCUCCCUCCCUCCCUCCUCGCCUCCUUCCUUCCCAAGGCCAGCGCUGCGCCUUCAUCCCGCCGCCGGCGCGGCGCUUCCCACCCACUGCCGGGGCUCCCGCGAGGUUCGGGGAGCCGAUGCGGCGGUCGGAGGGAGGGAGGGAGGCUGCGGCUACUGCGGCGGCGGCUCUGCGGGGCGAGGAGCUUCACCUGCGGCUCUGCCUGGCGUAGCCUCUUCUCUCCAUUCACUGCUGCUGCUGCUGUCCGCGGGCGGUGGUGCUGAAGUGCGGCGGCGGCAGCUUUGCAGGCGCUUCACCUGCGGCGGCGGUUGUGCCUGGCGGCGCCUCUGCUACUAUUACUGCUGCUGCUCCGGGCGCUGUCCGAGGGCUGUGGUGCUGAAGUGCGGCGGCGGCAGUCGCCUCCAGCUCAGGAGCUUCCCCAGGCGUGGGGCGGUGGGGGGGGGGGGAGAAGAUAUAAAGACGCGUCCCCCCCACCUCCUCCUCCUCCUCCUCUCUACCCCCUCCCUCCCGGCUUCCUCCUCCUCCUGGCGGCUUAAGAGAUGCUGGUCCGCUGAGCGGUGGCGGCGCCGACCAUGAGUUCCUCCUCGGUGCGCAAGAGCGAGUCCAAGACGUCCUUACUGCGGACGGGCGGCGGCGGGAGCGGCAGGCGGGCGCCCAGCGAGCCGCAGCCGCGCAGCUCCGGGGGCCGCACGGAAGGCAGCCCCGAGCCCAGCGCCAGGAGGCCCCUGUGCCACCCAGGAGCCGGCGCCACAGUCUCCUCCAACGGCAGCUUGAGGAGGCACCAGCAGCAGCAGAAUCGCCUGGGGGAGCCCGACGAGGCGGAGGCGGCUCCGCGGAGACGCGGGAGCGGCCGGGCGCGCGGCUCCUCUCGGAGUGCCAGCCAGGAGGCGGAGAGCGACGGGGUAGCGACGGCGGGUCGGGGGCAGGACUUGGGCGGCAAACGAGCCAGCCGAGAGUCCCUCCAGCUGCCCGACGGAGCGUCCCCCAAAGGCACCUCCGGCGGCAGCGGAGGCGGCGGCAGCAGCAAGAGCUCCGCCGCCUCCAAACCCGGCGCGGAAGUCGACCCACUCUUCCACCAGCUCCACCCCAUCCUCAGCUCGGUCUUUGGCCAGGUAAGGGGCCCUUCGUCCCUCCUCUAACUCCGCUGCCCCCUCCUUGCCACUCCUCUCUUUCCUGCGCUUCCUUUUGGGACGGGAUGCGGGGUUGGGGAGGAGAGAGCUCGGAAACUUCUGGCUGGAAAUGCGCUGCUUCGGGGCUGCCUGGCAGGAAACUCCAGCGGAGCUAUGCUGGAAGGGAAGGAGGGGGCGAGAGGGGGCGAAAACAGACGCUGGAGCUGCUUCUCUUCCUCCUCCCUGCAAAGCCCCCACUCCAAAUUCUCCUGGAGUCCUCCCUGUGCACCUUUCCCCAGGUUCUCAGGAGGAAGCAACCGCCGGGUCAGAAGUGUGCGUGCGCGAGAGCACCGGUAAAGUGAUGCAAGGCAACCGCCGGGUCAGAGGUUUGCGCGCGGGAGAGCACCGGUAAAGUGAGGCAGGGCUAAGCAGCUAGUCCUCAGGAGUCGCCAGGGAAAGGAAGUGGGUCGGGCAGACAUUGGCAGGGACCAACAAGCCACCUAAAGCAAUCCCCGUGGAAAAGAAGCUGGUGAAGAGCAAAAGAACGCAGCAAGCGGGAAGGGGUCGUGCUCAGCGGUUUGGUGUGUGUACGUGUGCGAAUUGUGCCUGAGCGCACCCCUGUGUGUUGGGUAUCGGCCCCGAAGCUUUGGGGUCAAGUUAACCUGUCUUUCUGAGUGAGAGGAGAGACACCGCUUAUGCUUCAGUCCUGUGUGUUGCUGGGGCGGGCUGAAGGUUGGAGAGACUGUAAGUGCAAAGACGGUGAAUUAGUGAAACAGUUAAAAAUAAUACAUUAAAAAAAUAUGCAAUAGACACUGAGCAAACCUAAGGAUGGGUUGCCUAUCCCUUUAUUUGUCUUUUGAGCUCCUGUAGCUGACCUUCGAAUAUUGGGUUUGAUUUUAACACUGCUCUGUUCAUGUCCACUGGUGACCAUUUUCACAUAGAUGCACCUUGAAGGUGAGAAAACCUCCCUUGCUUCUUUUUUCUGGGUGUUCCACUUGUGAAAACUGUCUCAGGACCAAGUCUGGGUUGGGUGCCAGCGGCACAGGAUGACACCUAUGCAAGCUAUGCAAGGCUUCGCCAACCUGUGCUCUUCAGAUGUUUUGGAUGACAACUCCCAUGAGCUCCAGCCAGUAUGGACAUACUGAUGGGAGUUGUAGUCCUAAACAUCUGGAGGAUGCCCCUUUGGCAAAGUAAGAGGAGGCCCAGUUGAACAGGAAGGUCUCUUGCACAAGUCCCAUUGAAAUGAACAGGGGAUGCUUGUGCAAGAGAACCUCAGCAACUUCCAUCUCUAUCUCUUUCUCUGCCACCUUUUAAUAGUGCUGAUAAUCUUCUCCCUGCAGGUGGCCCCUGUAUCUUUCCACCCAGAAAGGUUUGACAUUUAAGUUUACGGGAGUGGCAAAUGCCAAUUCCAGCCAUUUAACUGACCCUUUUUAAAUAUGCAUUUUUAUUUUGAUGCGUCAGCCAAAUAAAAGAGCACCAGAAUUAGACAUGGUGGAGAGAGCGGGACAGGGAGUGUUUGCUUCAGUUGCUAAGUUGUGCUCUGGGUCCAAUCCCGCACUGCCACUCACAAAACAUUUGGUUGAUAACAGCUCUCUCUGCAUGAGUAUUUUUUUUAAAGUCCUUUUUAUCCAGGUCUGAAAUCUUCAGACAGUCAGGAUUUUAAACUGAGCAGGAUGCGUAGAAUGGUUUGUUUGUUUGUUUGUUUGUUGUUAGUUAUUUAUUGUUAGAUUUCUUUCAAGGAGGUCAGGGUGACAUACACUGUUCUCCUCCUCUUCAUUUUAUGCUCCUAACAACCCUGUGAGAUAGGUUAGGCUGGCUCUUGAUGCUGUUGUGUCAAGUUGAUGGCGUCCAAGUGUUCUUGCUGGGAAUGAAUCCUCCCUAUGUGAUGGAGAGGCUAAAGAGAGAGGGAUUGUCUCUAACCUGUCCCUUUCUGCAGCCUAUCUGUAGGGAUGGAGCAGGAAGGCGCAGGAAGACCAUCCCAUAAGAUGCUUCCUCCCAGAAGUAUUCUAGCAAGCUCUUCACCAACUGGCUGCUCUUCAGGUGUUUUGGACUACAACCUCCAUCAGCCUCAGCCAGCACAGCUGGGAGUUGUAUUCUGAAACAUCUGGAGGUCCUUAGGAUGGCAAAGGCAGGUCCAAAUUAAAUUCCUGAAAACUCUGAAAAAGAGGGAGGUGGAAGGAGGAGUUAAUUUCUUUCCUUCACAAUAAGGAAGAAAAUUAAUUUUACGGUUUGUUUAUUUAUCUAUCACAUUUAUAUCCCACGUUUUCUCCAAGGAGCUCAAGGGUUCUCUUCCUCCCCAACAUAUCCUCACAAGAACUCCAUGAGUUAGGUUAGGCUGAGAGAUGGUAACUGGCCCAAGGUCACCCUGGGAGUUUGCUGGCUGCGUGGGCAUCUGAACCCUGGUCUUCCAGGUCCUAGUUCAACAAUGUAACCAGUAUGCCACCACUGACUCCCCUCCGGGGAGAGAGAGAAGCAUUAACACCCCCAACUGUUCUGCUCAGGUUUCAUACAACCUCUGUCAACCUAUCUCAAUCUUGGUGGGGCUACAGUGUGUAACUUAACCAACCAGUCCUGACUUGGUGCUCUUCAGACAUUUUGGACUACAGCUCCCAUCAGCCCCAGACAACACACUGUCCUAGCACAAGCAGUCCAUGAAACCAAAGUGAGGAUUUUUGAAAUGCAAGGAGAGAGGGAUUUGGCUCUCCAACGGUGCAUUGUAUCACAAGCCCAACCUGUAUUUCUCAUGCAGCUGGGGACUGGGAAGAGGAGAUGACAGACUAGGAGUUGGGGGUGUCUCCAGGGAGAUGAAGAGUAAGUGCAUCUAAAGCUCUGUGUGACACAGUUUGUCUGUGUGACACAGUUUGUCUUCUUUGGGGAAGAUUGGGGGGAAGAUUGGCAUUAGAUUGGCAUGUGUGUGCGGUAAUGUCUGCAGGAGCAGUUUUCCCAAUCUAUGCGCUCUCCUUGAAGUGUGCUCUUCGGAGUACCAUUUGGUGGAAAGGCAGGACACCAUUUUUUCAGACAAACUAGGGGGAACUGUAGCUUGAUGGUGGAGCAUCUGCUGUGCAUGCAGAACGUCCCAGGUUUAAUCCCUGGCAUAUUUAGGUAGGGUUUUAGUGACGAGAUUCUGGAGGCAAGCAAUUGGGGAGGCUGUUCAGACCUUACUUGUGGACUUCCCAAGAGCAUAAGACCACCAGAAGAGUAUGCUGGAUCAGGCCAGUGGCCCAUCUACCCAGUGCCGGAUUUAGGGUUGUGUGAGCUGUUCCCCUGCACAGGGCACUGAGCCAAAGAGAUGCAAAAUUGAGAUCCAUUCGGGGGCACCAAAUGUUGGCCUCACACAGGGCACUGUAUUAUGAAAGAUUACCAAAGUCUGCCCCCACUCUAGUCCAGCAUCCUGUUCUACCAGUGGCCAACCAGAUGCCCCCAAAGGAAAGCCUAGGAGGGGAACCUGAGCGCAACAGCCCUCUCCCCUCUGUGGUUUUCAGCAACUAGUAUUCAGAAGCAUUAUUGUCUCUGACAGCGAAGGCAGAACAUAACCAUCAAGGUUUAUAGCGAUUUGGAACCUUAUCCUCCUUAUCUUUAUCACUAAGCAAAGUUUUAAAAAAAAGAAUUAUUUUUUUAAAAACAGAGGGGAAGGAGAUCAGGGGCCCAGAAGAAAACACCCAGGGCUCAAGCCUUCUGGGCAACCCCCUAGCAACCCUAACACAGGAGGAACCCGCAGGUCAUGACAGCAGAACUGGAGCGAGUAGGGUGGUUAACUGUCCAUCCACAUGCACUUCCCCCAUACACAGAGUUAUGGAAAUGUGAAAUGGUUGCCUGGAGGAGUCUGUGGAGAGGAGUACUGAGCACCUCAGGGGGCGCCUUAAUGAUCAGGAUUGCAGAGUGCCAGUCUCCUCUUAUUACAUGUGUUAUGUCAAGGAGAGAAACCAUACCAGCUGGCAAACUGGUCCCCCUCCCUGCGUCAGUCUUGUAGGAAGAUAGGAAGCUGUCUUAUAUCAAGAACUGAGAACUGGUUCGCUCAGCUCAGUAAUGCCUUGUCUACAUCAGAGGUGGGGAACCUGUGGCCCUCCAGGUAUUGCUAGACUCCCAUCAGCUCUAGUCAGCAUAGCUUUUUUUGUUUCGUUUCACUAGAUUGAAAUACUGCUGGGUUGUAAAAAGUCCUCAAAGCACUUUAGAAAGAGAACAAAACAAUGAAAUUGUUAGUAAAAAAAAUAAUUCAAAAAUAAUUAAAAUCAGUGAUAAGCUAAAAACCAGGUUAAAGCACAUGUCAACAUUCUACAUCUUUUGGAUAGGCUUUGACUAAACAAAAAAUUGUCUAAACAAAAAUGCUUUUAGCAGGCACAGAAAGAGUACAGUGAAGGCACCUGCCUCAUGUCAAUAGGCAGGGAGUUCCAAAGGGUAAGCGCUGCCAUAUGAAAUGAUGGAGUUCUUACAAAUGCAGAAUGGGUAUCAUAUGGCACCCAUAGUAAUGCUCAUUCUGCUGAUUAAAGUGGAUGAGAGGGCACAUGUGGGGAAAGGUUAUCUCAUAGGUAAACUAGUCCCAAGUUGUUAAGUGUCUUGAACUUGGCCUGGUAGCAAAUCAGCAACCAGUGCAGAUCUCUGAGCACAAAUGUUGUAUGUUGACAGGGUCUCCUGACAGCAGUCGUGCUGCAGCAUUCUGUACCAGUUACAGCUUCCAGAUCAAAUGCAAAGCAAGCCCCACUUAGAGCACAUUGCAAUUCAGUAGAACCUCGGGUUAUGUGCUGUCCUCCUUACGAACACUUUGGGUAACGAGCUCCGCUUACCCGAAAGUAGAUGCUCCUGGUUGCAAACUUUGUCCCGGGAUGCAAGCAGAAGUCACGUGCCGAUGGUGCGGCGGCAGUGGGAGGCCCCAUUAGCGAAAGCACACCUCAUGUUAAAAAUGGUUUCGGGUUAAGAAUGGACCUCUGGAACGAAUUCAUAACUGGAGGUACCACUGUAAUCUAAUCUUAAAGUAACCAGUACAUGAACUACUGUGGCCAAGCUUUCCCAGUCCAGGAACGAUUGUAGCUGCCAUACCAGUUGGAGCUGGUAAAAGGCACUUCUAGCCACUGAGGCUACCUGGGCUUUCAGUAGCAAAGAUCGGUCCAGAAUCACCCCCAGACUCCGAACCUUCUCCUUCAGAGGUAGGCAGUUGACCAGUUUCUCAGACACAGGAAUCACACAUCCAUAGUGUCCCCAUCUCGCCAAGAUUCAAGCUCAUUUUGUUUGUCCUCAUCCAUCUAACCACUGCAUCCAGGCACUGGUCCAGAGGGCUGCACAGCCUCUCCCAGUUCAGAUGUUAUGGAGAAAUAGAGCUGAUGGCACCUUGCCCCAAGACUCCUAAUGACCACUCCCAGUGGCUUCAUAUAGAUAUUAAAUAGCAUUGGAGAUAAGAUAGUGCUCUGCGGCACCCCAUUAACAUAACUACCCAGGGGGUGAGAAGCACUCACCUAAUGCUAGUCUCUUGAUUUGGUCCUGGAGUUAGGAUUGGACCCAUUGUAACUGAUUCCCUCCACAUGGAUAUUGAGGUCACUCGAGACAAUCAUCCUGAAAUCCAACAAUACCCCAGAGACUACCUUGGACAGCCCAAUCAGGGAUACUGCUGGGCAACAGGGCAAUAAAUAGACUAGGAGCAUACCCAAGUGGUCUCUCUAAGACCCUCUAAGUCAGCCUUUCUCAACCUGUGGAUCCCCAAAUGUUGUUGAACUACAACUCCCAUCACCCCUAGCUAGCAAGGCCAGAGCUCAGGGAUGAUGGGAGUUGUAGUCCAACAACAUCUGGGGACCCACAGAUUGAGAACUGCUGCUCUAAGUCCAAGAUCAAGAAGUUUUCUGGCAAAGGAGUUGGUCGUUAUAUGGACAAUAGCAAGCCUCACCCUCACCCUUGAACCCCUAGUCUAGACUGGUGGAUGAACAUGGUCUUAAUUAUGGACCCAUCCAUCAGGGAUGGUCAGGGAUGAGGGGAUCUGUAGCCUAGCAACAUCUGGAUGGCUACAGUUUCCUAACAUUUGGCCUAUAGUGACCAGCAGCCCUUCAGAUAGGGCGUCUCUCCUAGCCCUACAUGAGGAUUGAACCUGGGGGGGUCUUCUGUAUGCAGAGCAGAUGUUGUGCCCCUGAUCAUGCAGAUGACUCUUAGUGAGCAAAAUGGGCGGUUUCUUCCUUUCUAUAAAAGCUCUGCAGAAAAGAACUCCUUGAAGCACACAUAAGUCCUGCUACUCUUAGCAUCAAAAUACAUCACAGCCCGAUAGUGUACCUCUCCCCAUCUGAGGAGAGGAGGGAGCCCAGCUCCUCCUGUUAGUUCUGCAACAGCCAUUGAGUGGAACGCCCCAAGCUGGAGGGGUGACUUCACACAGUGUGCUAUCGAAGCAGUGCGAAGUGUCCCUGAGCUGGAGAAGAGGGCGUCCCAAGGAGAAAAGAAGAGGCUCACAGUGCAGGCAACAGGAGACAGAGCAAGGCAUCUCAUCAGUGCUGCAGUGGUUGUCUCAAUAAUGGGCUUUCUGAGACGCUUGGCCAAGCUGACAGUCCUGGCACAGCUCUCUCUCUCUCUCUUUGCAGCGGAGCAAUACCAGGGGGGAGGUGGGGGGGGGAAACAGAUGCUCUGUCAUUGUGCCUGAGCACCAGCCGCAGUGUCGCAUUAGGCUAAUGACAGGUUAGGAUGUGGGUGUGGUGGAGCAUAAUUGCUUAAUAUUAGCAAAGGGCCUUGGUGGAGGUGGACCCAGAUGCUGGCAUUAUGAUAUGUGAGACGUGCACAGCAAGCUGAAGUGGCCCUCACAGGAGCUAAAGUGAAGCUGCUGGUUCCCAGGUUUGGGGUGUAUCAGGAGAUGGGCCACUCUGACUGAUGGGGUGCAAUCCACUGGGAAAUGUUUGUUACUGGCCCUGCUUUGGAGGCCUAGGCAGCGAUGUUCUGAAUACCAGUUGCUGGAAUCCGCAGGAGGGGAAAAUGCUCUUGUCCAUGAGUCCUGCUAGGGGGCUUUUGAAUAGGGGCAUCUGGUUGGCCACCAUAAGAACAAGAUUCUGGACUAGAUGAGCCAUUUGCUUGAUCCUAAUUUGUACUUUCUGAAAUAAUACACAAAUCGAAACACAGCCACCCUUUAAAACCAUCACUUCUCCACAUUUCACAGUGCAGUUCUCCAGCCAAGUGAUGUGCACAAAAAUGCAUAUACUGGCAUAAAGUAUGCAUAUAAUUGCAUAUAUUAGGGUAAAUUAUAUUAAAAAAUGCAUUAUAUCCCGGGAAGCUACUUUGAAAAUGUGUAUAUUAGGAGAAAUUGAAACUAAAAUGCUGGUGAAUUUUCAUGAGCAACUUAAAAAAUAAAUAAAUCUCAAGCUGAUGUGGAUAUGUGGAGAUUUAAAAAUAAGCACAUUGGAGACACCAAAAUUGACAAAUUUGUUGAUUCCCAGGACCAAGGUCCAAAGGGGGCACUUCCUGUGGACAGCUGAAUUGCCAGCUAUUGUGGUGAUUUUGUUUUAUAGAAAUUUGUUUUUUGUUUGUUUAUAAAAUAUAUUUGUAUAUGAUAAGAUAGUAUAUGAAAUCUGUUUACAGCACUAAAAACAUAAAACCAUAGAGUUAAAAACAUACACCAAUUAAUUAUUAUGGAAGGCUAUAUUCUCAAUCGUAAUUUUAAAAGGGCCAAGGAAGUGGGGGCCUGAUUACUUUUUAUCACUUGAUUUAGGAGGGGAAGUUUUGAUAGCAGAUUUUCGAAUUCAAAAUAACUAUCUUAUGUCAGUAGAAAUCAAAAUUGAAUUAGGAGCAUUUCUUUUCUGUAUAAAUAAAUAUCUACCUCCCUCCUACUAACAGUAUGUCACUGACCACCAAUGUUUAGUCAGGUUGAAUAUCCCUACUAGAGCAGAUCAGCCAUAAAUUCCUCACAGCAUUUGUACUUUUUUGUGGAGAUUUUAAUGCCUCAGUUGGAGCAACUGCAGAGGGUCUCUUGGUACCUUUUCGCUUAGACUCAGAAGAUAUUUUCCUAACCUCACAUUGUUCUUUGGACAAGAUGAUGCACACACAGAGCCUGAAACUGUUGCAAUUUGUAUUCCAGCAUAAUUUAUAUGUUCUUCACAAGAGUCCUCUAGACAUAUCUAAGGGUCAAUAUACUUAUUUGAACAAGCAUGCUGGAAGUGCUUUCAAUCACAUUAUAGUCUCUCCUUCAUUAUUCACUUUUGUAGGGGACAGGGGUGGCGCUGUGGUCUAAACCACUGAGCCUCUUGGGCUUGCCAAUUGGAAGGUUGGCGGUUCGAAUCCCCGCGAUGGAGUGAGCUCCCGUUGCUCUGUCCCAGCUCCUGUCAACCUAGCAGUUCAAAAGCAUGCCAAUGCAAGUAGAUAAAUAGGUACCGUUGCAGUGGGAAGGUAAAUGGCGUUUCCGUGCGCUCUGGCACUUGUCAUGGUCCUCCGUGCACCAGAAGCAGUGUAGUCAUGCUGGCCACAUGACCCGGAAAUCUGUCUGUGGACAAACGCUGGCUCCCUCGGCCUGAAAGUGAGAUGAGUGCCGCAACCCCAUAGUUGCCUUUGACUGGACUUAACCCUCCAGGGGUCCUUUACCUUUACAUUUUUAUUCACUUUCGUGAACACUUUUGAAGUGCUAGAACAAACAGAAAGCAACUACUUUCCAAUAUCAGUGAUCCUACGUCCUUUAACAGAAAACAUACUAACUACCAAAUCCUCAAGAGUGUGUUGAGAAAUACAGGACAUGACAAACUUGAGCCACCUUUUCGUGAGCAAAUCUCCAAAUCUUGUUGAUGUCUUCCAGCAAAUUGUCACAGAACCCAGGCCCUAUUUGAUAGCUUAUAUAAUUAAUAACAACACAGAGACAACACACCUUGACUGGUUUGAUGGUCAAUGCAAAGCAGCUAAGAAAGUUCUGGUUAAAGCAAUUAGAGAUUUGCAUAAGAAUUCAUCAGAGGCUUCCACAGAAAAUGUGAUCAAAUGUAGAUUGGAAUACAAGACUCUGUUCAAAAGCAAGAAAGCUGAAUAUACAAAAACCCAGUGGCAGGAACUGGGACUAGCAGUAAUGGAAAUUAAGGAAGACAAAUUCUGGGAACUGGUGGCCCAGAGUUUAAAUGAAGUGAGAUCAUUACAAGAAGCCUCAAUUCCUCCCUUUAAUUAUGUUAAAUGUUUCUCCAACAUAUUUGGUGGCCAAUAUUUGGCCACCUCAUGAGAAGAGAAGACUCCCUGGAAAAGACCCUGAUGUUGAGAAAGAUUGAGGGCACAAGGAGAAGGAGAUGACAGAGGACGAGAUGGUUGGACAGUGUUCUCGAAGCUACAAACAUGAGUUUGACCAAGCUGGAAGACAGGAGUGCCUGGCGUGCUCUGGUCCAUGGGGUCACGAAGAGUUGGACACGACUAAACAACAACAACAAAAUCUGGGCAAACAUAUGUACCAGCAGUGUUUAAGGAUUUCUCAAACCUACCUGAUUGGCAACCAGUCUCCUGUAAUGAGAUAAAGGCCAUUAUUUCAAAUAAUGCUCCUGGAGAAGAUACUCUUCCACCUGAGCUCUAUAAAGAAUACAUGGAAUCAUGGAAGUCUAUCUUGGCUGGCUUAUUUACCACCAUAAACAACACAGGCCAAAUGUCCUCUGGGUAUUGAGGUUUUAAAUAAUUUUUAUUAAGAUUUCAGUGAAAGAUAUUGAGGUUUUAUUGAGUAUUAUUUUCCUGAUUUAUAAGAAAGGAGAUAGGAAGAAUCCAGAAAACUAUCAGCUGGUUAGACACUUCCUCAAAGCUAUAGGCAUGGUAUCUCCUUCAAAAUUAUCAGACUAGUUGCAAAAUAGCAACAUUAUUCGUGAAGAACAAGUGGGAUUCAGAGGAGGGCACAGCAUCAAUGAUCGAUGUUUUACUCUUAACCAUAAGGAAAUAUACUAAGAACAUUAAGAAUUAUCCUUAUGUAGCCUUUAUUGAGUUUUCUGCAGCAUUCGACUACUAAUUGAAACAGACAGGGAGAAAUUUCGAAUUGCUAACAUUGACUACAGAAUUCUGCUAUUCAUCCACGAACUAUACAGCAAUACAAGAAAGAGGUUUAAAUGAUGGCAUGGCUGAUGCGUUUAAAAUGUCAUAAGGAGUGAAGCAAGGUUGCAUUCUGGCUCUCACUCUUUUUAACUUUUAUAGCAAUGAUUUGGGGAAAUAUUUAGCCAAUGCAAGCUCCACCUCUCCAGUAAUUAGGAACAGAAAGAUCUCCUUAUUGAUGUAUGCAGAUGAAUUAGUGCUCCUCUCUCUUUCUUGAUUGGGCCUCAAAAAUCUCUUGAGGGGUGUUUAGCACAUGCUGUAAACAGGAAAGCCUAUCUAUAAAUUACUCUUAAGACCAAGAUUAUGAUUUUUGGCAAAGACAGUCCUAGGUAUAAAUGAUUUUUUAGAUCAGUGAGCUAUUGAACAAACUUACUCAUUUAGAUACCUGGGUGUACACUUUAGUGAAAGCCUUUCUUGGAAGUGUCAUACGGAAGCAGUGAAAGUUAAAGCACAGAAAACCAUGGGGCAUUGAUGAAGUUCUUUUACAAUAAAGGAGGGAAGCUGAUUGAACCUGCCCUAAAGAUAUUUGGUAGGAUAGUGCUUAUUCAAAUGCUCUAAGGUUUUGCAGUCUGGGUUUUGGAAAGUGUGCAGAAUAUAUUAUAUCUAUAUCUAUCUAUCUAUCUAUCUAUCUAUCUAUCUAUCUAUCUAUCUAUCUAUCAAUCAUCUAUCAUCUAUCUAAAAAUACUCUACCAUCAGGAAUAUCAGAAGCUCUUUUUCACACAUAAUCCUCAUGGCCAACAAUUAAGGCAAGAGCGGACAGUGCUCCUUUAAAGUAUAUUUUAAAAACUGCUACUAUGCCUAUUGAGAGUUUUCCUGUGCUGUAUGGACUUGGGUGAUAACCAGCUUGUCAAGGUGUUUUAGAAAUGAACUCUGCUUUGACAUUGAAUAAGUGUCAAUUAAGGAAUUGGCUUUUCUGGACAGGAGGGACCUACAACUAAACUGGAAACACCAGAUUUCCCCCUUGGUAUCCACUUUUGAGAAGAGAGCAUUUUAGAGCUUGUUAUAUGACUAAACUCUGACCAGUUUCCUUAAGAACUGCAUUUAUUGCACUGCGUUGCCAAGUGAUGACCACUGCAUUCUUGGAAGGCUGCUACAGCAAGGUCCCAUAAGCAGGCAGCCUUUGUAUUUGUGGUCAACCGCAGGUGGAAGACUUCAUUCAUUAUCUGUUAGCCUUAAAUAGAGACCCCAGAGAUUGCUUUCUGAAACAAGCAAGCAGGCACAGCCCAGCAGAAAUGGUUCAAUUUCUUUUGAGUGGCAAUAAUAGCUUUGUAACACACAAGAGUGGCCCUCUAUGCAUUGGCUGCAAAAAAACAAAACAAAAAUGCAGGCAAAACAACCAAGGCAAAAGGAGUUAGAUAAAAAAAAUUAUAUAUUGAUGUGGUGAUUCAGAGAUUUAUUUUGACAUCAAGCUGGGCUUGAGUUUGUUGGUGUCUCUGGUAACUUCUCUUACACCACGGAUGUUGGCAAAUUGCAUUUUAAAAAGGGAAAAUAGUAUUAGAAUUGGAGCUGUCAGAGAUGCACAAGGAAAACUGUGUUUUAAUGCUCAGAAUCUUAGCAAAGUCUUUUUUUAUAUUUUGCCUGUAUGUUCUGAAUUAUUUCAUUAAUACUAUUGCUUAAUACAAGUUUGUCAUGGCCUUUGUCUCUAGAACAAUAAACUUAUGAACUGACCUUUGUAUUCAUAAUUGCCUGCACAGAUCUGGCAGAAUAGAAAAGUUUUAAUUGCUAUCUAAACAAGGAUGUGGCCUCAAUAAUUGGUAAAGAUGGUUAAAUGGUAAAAGCCAUGCCUAUGAAGAUGACUUUGCUCACGACAUUUCCAACAUCCCUCAUCAGGCUCACAGAACUUCAUAAAAAUGCCAGAUGCAGAGAGCGCUUGACGUCUCUGGAAAAAGGGGAUGUGUGUGUGUUCGUGUGUGUGUAAAUAAUUAAUUCCUUUGCAAAUGAGGAAUUCCAGUGUGGUUUGAGCAGACUGCUUUAUGUCUCCCCAAAAUCUCUUUGAAGCCUUUUAAAAAACACACAAUGCACAGCGUGAUGUGAAGCCAGCCUGUUGGUCAUAACAUCAACAGCUGCUCCAGAUGGACUGGAAAUGCUAUUGGCUGCUGACGCCAGACCCUUGCAGAAAGUGCUCCAGUGUUCUGCAAAGAAUCAAAUGUGCUUCAAUCUGCCUUUGGGGUCAGAUUGCACUUCCCAGCAGCAGCAGUGUGGGGGAUCUUUGCUAUGCCAUUGCCAUAACACUGAGAAGAAGAAAAACUCUGUCAUGACUCUCAGAUUUGGCCCCUUUGUGGAAGAUUCAGGCGGCAAUGAAACAAGGCUGCUGCAUUCAGAGGAUGAUCCUCAGUGCUUCCCCCUUGGUUCCCCUGACCUGAGGAGGGAGCUAUUCUGCCUUUCUCAGACUUGGGAGGUAUUUCCACACCUGCUAUGGUGCAGAGGUCAGCCCACAGUUGAACUAUGGAACUCGCUCACACAGGAGGUAGUGAUGGCCACCAACUUAGGUGGCCUUAAAAGAGGAUUAGACAAAUUCAUGGUGGACAAGGCUAUCAGUGGCUUCUAGCUGGAGGCAGUAAUGUUUCUGAAUAUCAGUCUCUGGAAACCACAGGAGAGGAGGGGACCCUUGUGUCCAGGUCCUGCUUGCAGAGUUCCCUUUGGCUUAUCUGCUUGGCCAGUGAGAGAACAGGAUACCUGAACUAGAUGGAUCAUUGGCUGGAUCCAGAAGGCUCUUCUUAUUUCUGCAGAAACAGAUAAGGUCUCCUACACAUGGCACAAAAAAGCUCCCCAAGGAAGUGGGUCAUAGGAAUGUAAACCUUGCACAAUAUCAAAAGCUUAUUCCAUCCAGUUCAAAUUGCCUACAACGACUAGCAUCAGCGAUCAAGGAUUUCAGGCUGGGUGUCUCCUAGCCUGCCCUAGAGCCGAUGAGCACUGAAUCUGAGGCCUUCAUGUAAAGCAGGUGCUGUGCUAUAGGAAUCUGCCUUAUACUGAGUCGGACCUUUAGUCCAUCUAGCUCAGGAUUGUCUACAGUGAUUGGCAGGGGGCAUUCCCAGCCCUACCUGGGGAUUGAACCUGGGACCUUCUGCAUCCAAAGCAGACGCAGUACCACUGAUCAAUGAGCCUUCCUCUUGAGGUCAGCUGCAUCACAGGGCUUUCUAGCCUACUAAGUGAUGGAAUGUUUCCUUGAAUUCUAUUCAUUUAUUUAUUUAAAAACAUUUACAAACCACUUAAUAUUUAAAAAGCACAACACAAAAAGUAUAAACAUAGAAUAAAAAUACAGUAUAAAACCACUAGAACAUGUGCAAAAGCAUAUAAAUGGGGUUUUUUUGUCUGCCUGGAUGGAGGAAAGGGAGGUGCUGUGUUUCUCUGUGUGUGUGUGUGUGUGUGUGUGAGUGAGAGAGAGAGAGAGAGAACUAGCUUACUGUACAAAGGUAAAAUUUGCAUCAGUUGCUCCACCCACUUUUGCCUCUGAUCCCACCCCCCACUGGCAUGUGCCCCCCCCCCCCCGGGAGGUUGCCUAGGAGUGAAUGUGGCCCUUGGGCUGAAAAAGGUUCUUCAGCCCUGUUCUACACUGACUGGCAUCGGCUCUCCAGGGUUUCAAGCAAACACCCUUUCACAGCCCUACUUGGAGAUGCAGAGGACAGAGGGAUGGAGCCUGAGACCUUUUGCAUGCAAAGAAGAUGCUCUUCCACUGAGCUGGGACCCUUCCCCAAAAGGCUUGUUUUAAAGACUAGCAAGUUUAUUACGGCAUCAGCUUUUUGUGGACCAGAGCCCACUUUGUCAGAGGCAUGACGUAGGGAGUGCAGAUGUUCAGAUUCUUUGAUAAGGGGGGUGGACCGAUCAGACAGCCUCGGAAGGCAAGGAAUGGUGGCCAAUGAAUCACAUUCUCCAGGCAGAGCUCAGACAAGAUUGGAAAGAACGGAGUGACCCAGCCCAAGUAGCAGCCGCUGGGUCGCAAUAAAUCAGCAGAGCAAGGAAACACAAAACAACGGGAGCAUUAAAACCCGAAGGAGGACAGCAAUUUCCUCUAGUGAGCCAUGGAAUAUGGAUUCCAUAGUAGCAAAUGUGCUCAUACGAUAUGAUAUGAUACGAUACGAUAAUCUUUGUUGUCAUUGUCUCCAUAGAACCCUCAUCACCCUGAAUUACAGCUCCCAUAAUUAUUUGGGGGAAGCCAUGCCUGUCUAAAGUGGUAUCAUAGUGCUUUAAAUAUAUGGUGUGAAUGUGGCUUUAGCUGGUUCCACCAGUCAUUGACUCUGCCUCUGUCUGCCAUUGGCUCUGGCUCCAUCUACUGUUGCUCCAUGCCUUCUGCUCUACCAGGGCACUGGCCGCCACAGGCUGACGCGCUGAAGUCCCAGAAUAAACUAGCAGAGAGUCAUCAGUUGCCCCUUUUGGCAUCCUCAGAGGCACUGGUCCUUAAUAGAUCUCCCAAGCAGAGUUGCCAAGCCUUCUUGUCCUCCUGGACUGCACUGCCUCCCUGUCUGAUUGCUUAUUCACAACCUUACCAAGAUGCACUGAAUUUACCAGAAAUCACUGGUGGCUGUGUGGCUUAUUGGCAGAGCACAUGUUAUACAUGCAGAAGGUCCCAGGUUUUAUUCCCAGUUUCUCCAGUUAGCAGGGCUGGGAAAUACCUGCCUGCAUGAACUCCAGGAAGUCAGUCAGAUCAGACAGUCCUGAGGUAGACUGACAAUGAUUGGUGGAAGGCAGUUUCCUAUGUUUAUGGGUGACUCAGGAAGCUGAACAGUGUCUGCCGGCCACUACAGGUGCAACUGGCCUCUUGGCUUGGAAAUUUGAUUUUAUCACUCCAGUUCUACAUAAUUUGCAGAAUGCUAGAGAUCUGGGUGCCUUGGGAGCUGCCUUUUCCUUGCACCCUCUGAUUGACAUCUGAGGCCCGGCUCCAAAUCCCUCAGCAGGCAAGGGUGGUGUCAACUAUGGGCAGAGCUUUUUCUGCUGCAGCUCCUACCCUAUGGGAUGCUUUCCCAGGUGAGGUCUGUCAGGCCCCAUUGCCAUUGAGAAACUUUCAGUUAAUUGUGUCAUUUUUUUCUGGUUCAGUUCAGUGUUAUUUUCGUGCUGCUGCAAUUUGUUAAACAGGUUGGAUAAUGUUAACUUAAAUAGGAGCCUUGGAGCUGCAAUGUGUUGACAUCUCAGUGCAUAUCUUGUUCUCAUAUUUUCUCUCUCUUUUUUUGGCAAAGAAAUGAAAAGGAAGCAAUUGCUUUCUUCUGUAAAGCUUCUGAUUUCUGUAAAUAAAUUAAAAAGGAGCAAUUGCUAUCUUCUGUAAAGCUUCUGAUUUUGCUUUAAAACAUCUAUGUUUUUAUUAUGUAUAAUAUGAAUGAAAAAAAUAAAAUUAAAUUAAAGCCUAGGUGGAGCUUAAAAACAUUUUUAAGGGGUUAUGUUUGUUUUGCUUGGUUUAUUAUUAUGAGUGUCUGUUAGCUGCCAUGAGUCUCUUUGGGAAAAUAGGGUAGAAAAACUGAAAUAAAACAAUCAAAGGCACACUAUUACGGAAGAGAAUGUGUGGUGGCGAUGGUGGCAGCUGAAUUUGGCUUCUUCAAGCCUGUUACAAGAUACACACAGAGGUUUCUUCUGCUGCAUGAUCUCCAGACCUGAGAAGGUAGCCAAACUGAGACCCGGAGCAAACCCCUUUGUAAUUAGUUCAGAUUCUCAGCUACUGCUUAAAAUGACUCAAACGGCUAGAGGCCUUGCUGCUCCUGCUCCUCAUGUUCUGUGCACACAUUUCUACAAGUCAGGAUCUGAGCAUCUGCUUCCGUCAGCCACCAUCCAUUUCUCUCAUACUUAUGGGCACCAGUUCAGAGGAAGCACUCGCGCCAGCGAUGCCAUGGUGGCACCAACCAUUCCAGAUCUGCCUUCAGGGACUCAUGUGCCCCGGAGGUCUGAGGAUCUGCUAUGUCUCCCUCUUUCUCUUUUGCCCUUCUCUCUUCUCCCAGGCCCAUUUUCUCGUCGGUGCUGUGAUAAGAUAGGAAACCACUUACGUGAAGUAGGAAAGGAAAUGGCAUCUCAGGCCGGCAAAUGUUGUGGGUAUAUGUGGCUCCGUCGUAGAGCACGUGGCCUGCAGCUCCAGUUACAAAUGUUGGGAGAUGUAGGAGAGGCAAGAGGAAGGACUUCUUGACACAGUGCAUAGUUCAGUUGUGGAAUUUGCUUAAAGAGGAGGCAGUGAUGGCCACAAACCUAGAUGGCUUUAAAAGAGGGUUAGACAAAUUCAUCUUGAUGGCUACUAGCCAUGGGGGCUAUUGUUCUACCUCUACUGUGAGAGCCACUAAAUGCCUCCGAAUGCUGGUUGCUGGAAGCCACAGGAGGGGAGGUGCUGGUGAGCUCAGGUCCUGCUUAUAGGCUUCCCAUUGAGGUGUCUAGUUUGCCACUGUGAGAAAAGGAAGCUGAAUUAGAUGAGCCACUUGCCUGAUCUGGCAGGCUCUUCUCGUGUUCUUAUACAAUGUUCUCAGGCUCUAGGAACUUGGACCCAAACUUUUUUGGCAGCCCCAUAUAGAAAUACUUCAGCCACUUAGUUCUGGCUUCAUGGUGUAUGCAAGGCUUUGGGUUCUAGGGUCAAUUACAGAUGGCUCUCAGUUUCAAGUAUAGAGCUGGGGGAAAGCAAGGGGAAGAGCCAUAGCUCAGUGGUAGAGCAUCUGUUCUGCAUAAAGAAGGUCCCUGGUUCAGCCCCUGGUGUCUCCAGAUAGGACUGGGAAAGACACCUGUCUGAAACCCUGGAUAGCUGCUGCCAGUCAGUGUAGAGAAAAUGGACCCCAGUGUUCUUACUUGGUAUAAGGCAGCUUUGUAGGUUUCUGUGAUACAGAAAGAAUCCCCAAAGAUAGAAAGUCUAAUUUUGUUGAGUAAUCCUCUGCUUUUCAGCAGAUUCAUGAACUGAUUAAAUUCACAUCAAUUUGCACAUUUAAACACCCAUAUAGGCUCUGUUUUCAACUACUAGAGGAUUUGUGAGAUAAAUGAUGAUGUUGUAUAAGCAAAAGCUGCCGUGUAUUACUAGAGGGGAAGGGCAUCCUUCAUACUGGCAUAUUCUAUUCCCUUUCACCAAAACCCAAAGAGCCCCCAAAUGCAAACCCUUAGCUUACAUCACCCUCAGCCACUACCAAUUAAUCAACCAAAAAUUUAAGUUGAUUAACCUGCUGGGUGAAGCUGUUCAAAGCCUAGUGUGAAAAAUUGGUUUUGUCCCCCCCCUUACAGUGUGUGUGUGUGAGAGAGAGAGAGAGGGUGGGGAAUGAAUCCCCCAAAUGUUGGAGGGGUAGGGUCAUUCCACACCUGUCCGUAUCUGUGUGAUGCAGGCCCUGCUCAAGGAGUUUUGCCAAACCUCUCAAGAAGCCCUGCACUGGUGGUGGAUGUGUUCUGUUCAUCUGUUGUCUUGCACUCAAUUUGCUCAGGCCCUUCUUAGCGCCUCUAAGUGGAUUGCGCUCCUCCCAGCUGUCUUCUCUGGGCAUCGAAAUGCUCAGUGUUUGAGGGGAUAGAACGGAGCACUGUGGCAGUCUCUGAGCACUGAGGGCAAAGGUAGAAACUGACUUCUUGCGGGGGCUUCUUUGCUCUUCAUCCUCCCUCCAAUGAGUCAAACCAGAUUCCUCCUCCUCCUAUCCUGAGUGGUGGGAGGGAUCAGAACUUUAAUCUGAUGUAGAUUAUAUCCAUCCACCCACUCCCUCCUUCUCUUCCUCUUUCUUUCCGUUCCUCCCUCCUUCCCUCUCUGCUGCUGCUCCCCUCCUUUCCCUUCCCUUCCUGCUUCAUCUCUUCAAAGAAGUGAGCAUAAAGUUAACAAGCAGAAAGAAAGAGAGGGAGGGAAGGAAGGAAGGAGAUGAAUGAGUGAAGGAAGGGAAGAAGAAGAGAGCUCUCAGAAGAGAGGCGCCCUGCCACUUGUGCCCAGUGGAGCUCUAGAUUUGACUGCUGCCGCCUCUCUCCCUUUGCUCCUAAGGACUGCCUUUCAUGGAACCAAUUGCCCGCUUCCCUUUCUAAGCCUGUCUCCCGGAAAGGCAGCUUCAGCAUAUUAUGGGCAACUGUGUGAAGUCUCCACUGAGAAACCUCUCAAAAAAGGUACGUUUCCCCCCAGCAUCUUUGGGACAGGGUGACCACUUGGUGUCGCUUAAACAGGUAGGGAGGGUUUGUGGGAAGCAGGUGGAGAUGUGUCUCCCAAACUCCCCGCCUAAAGUUGGUCAUCGGUUGGGCAGCACAGAGGCUGAGAACAGUCACUUGUGGGUGUUUGUGUGCAUGAAAGCAUGAUCCCGUCCAUGUGCAGUUGUGUGUCGACACAGAGGUAUGUGCAGUUGUGGGCACAUGUUUGCAAAACAUGGGGCAUGAGGCACUAGGAAGCACUCCAGCACAAGCUGCAUAUAAAUGAGCAGGAGAUGCUCCUCUUGGUAUAGGUGCCAUUAAUUGCCUUGAGAAUUGUGCAGGAGAUCCUCUCGGGAUUGUUGUGCCCAGUGCCUUUUUUCUGGGGGGACACAUACCCCUAAACGUUUUGUGUAUCUAAGUUUGGCCUCAUUGAGGGACAGUAUUUCAAUAUUAGUAGGAAAAUGAGAGUAUCCCUAAACAUUUUUUUAGAAAAAAGCACUGGUUGUGCCCCUUGUUGGUUGAUUACAAGUGUGUUCACGUUUCUGUACCUAAACAUACUAGCACACAUGUUUUGUACAAAGCUACCAACUGAAGCAUCUUUCUAUGGGUGUAGGUGCACUUGUUGCUUUGUGCAUAGAUGUGCAGAGUGCAAAUCCAUUAGCGCAUAUUCUUCAUUAGGGACACAACUAAAUGGUGUCUAGUUUGCGGUGCAUUUUGUGUUAUCGCAAUCAGGCUGUUUAAGCCACAAGCGCAUAUCCUGGCUAGGUUGUCCCCCGUGCUUCCAUGAGGGUCUGUGAUCUGUCAUCCCUGUUGAAACAAAGAUUUUAGGGUAUUGCUAGCAGUUACUGCACUCUGGGACAGGGGAAGAUGUGACCUCCUUCCCAAAUCCCCCUCUGCCCUUCCCCAGUUUUCUGUUGGGGGGUGGGUCCAGCCACUGUUUCUUCAGCCCCACCUUCUGCAUUAAUGUAGGUCAGCCCUUCCGGCAGUUAUGUGCCAGUCCUCAUUUACCCUGGAAGAAUCACUUCCAUGGUAAACAACAAUGACCUUUAAAGCAUGAAAUGGACUGGAUUUUGCAUCGUUUAGGGUGCACGUUUUCCUAUGUGCUGCUUCACACACCCUUUUCUCUGAGGCCUUGUCCUGACUCCCCCAUCCAUGAGGGUAAGUUGCUGGGCCUUUGCUGGGAUAGCUUGUACCCUUUGGAAUUAUUUGUUGUGGGAAAGCCAUAACGUUAAUUUCAGCACACUGCCGAUGCUUUUUAAAAAACACAUUUUUAAGUAGUUAAUCUUAACUGGCUGUUGAUGCUGCUGUUAAGUUCUGUGUUUAUAACUCGGCUGAGGGUUUCAGUGGGUGUUUUCGUCUAUAGCGAAGUGUUUGGAUUUUAGCUGCGUGAUCAGUUGUGCUCAAGGUUCUUCCCCCCCAUACAUUCUUAUUGAAUCUUCCUGUGAUUUUCUGCUGUAAUCACUUCAAGUAACUUUUGGCAGAGAAUGCAACAGAUAGGCUUUAUAAAUAAAACUAGCAAUACAGCAGAGCACCCACAUAGCAUUUACUGAUUCCCCGCUUCCCCUUCCAUUUCUAUGCUCUGGCAAAAAGGUAUAUUUGUGGAAAUAAGUAACACACACACCCCACGACUGAACUGUGAAUGGAGUUCAACCUGGAAGGUGGGCACACAUUUGCCCAAUAACACCACCAGGCACUUCCAACUUGUUGUGGCAUCAGUGGCAGUGCAGGAACAGUAGCCAUCUGUUAGUAAUUGGAUGAUGCUGGUGAUACAGGGAAGGGCCGUAGCUCUAUGGCAGAGCACCCACUUUGCAUGCAGAAAGUCCCAGGUUCAAUUCCUGGCAGCAUCUCUAGGUAGGGCCAGGAAAGGUUCCCUGCCUAAAAACCCUAGAGAGCCAUUGCUGCCACCCAGUGAGGACAAUACUGAUCUCUGUAUAAAGCAGCUUCCUGUGUUCUUAAUGACAAGUGGAGCAAGGGAUUAUUGAAACAGAAGGAAUAAGUGAAGUAAGCAGAUGCAGAUAUUUGGGCAGGUUCAAAAGGUUGUGAGUUUGUGGGAUGAACGUCUGUGCUCCUUUGCAUGUAUCUGUGCGCACAUUGAUCCAGUUAUGUACAGUGACGUAGCCACACAUAUGGACAGAUGCUCACAUCUAUGCCCCACACCUAUCUGUGGGGUGGCCUUCUCCUCUAUGAACACAUAUCUGUCCUGGCAUGUGUUUAAGCUUCCCCCACAUAUGUGCUCCUGGUAUGUAAAUGUCUGUGUUUCAGAUCCCUCCCUCUCCCAGGUGGUUUGUGUGAGUGUUGGCAUUCAGCCAGUGGACUGCUUUAUGUUGAAGUGCUCAGAAUAGUUUGUGGACACAGAAGCAGCAGUAGCAGUGUAGCGGUAACAUGGGUGGCUGUUGAGCUGGCAAUGGAGCUGAUUCUCCACCAUUGCGAACUUCAAAAUAAACUUCUGGACAAAAUGCUUCCUAAAUUUGCUUGCUGAGACGCCUAGCAAAUGGAUAUUGAACAGACUCACAAGGCUUAAUUGAUAGAUUAAUCAAAGUAAAGUUUUAGUUGACUGACUGGUUGAUGGAGCCAAUUUUUACUAAUAGUUGAAGUGUUUUUGUUCAGGGCAGGCAUGUCUUCCUAGAUAACAAAAAGAAGCAGCAAACUAUCCCAUGUACCAAUGAACAGAGCCUUUGUUUUGACAUGCCGUGUGCUGUCUUGUGCUUCCUUUAGUAUCUCCAAGAGGCACCCCUGGUACUAUCCAAAUGUAUUUAACCCAUUAAUUGUUUGUGGGGCAGGUCAGAUGUAAACUGCUGACAUCCUACUGGCCAGAUACAUCUUACUAAUAGUUUUCCGAAUCUCUGACUUAGGAUUCUAAGGUCAGGGCCGAUGAAAUUCUCUUUCCAGAAGUUUCAAGCCAAUGAAAGGAGGAAGUGCUCUCUCUUUGUGUGCGUACACUCACCUACCUAAUGGUAGAGCCGGCCCUCUGCCUAAUGGUAGGGUCAACUGACACUCAAGUUAUCCCACCAAUGCCUAUGAUGAAAUAAUUUUUGCAUUGUUUCGAGAGCUUGUUUUGGGUUUCACCAGAGACAACAUAUAAACAUACAAACACACACACCUGUCUGUUUCGCAUGGAGCACAAUGCCAUCCAUGCUUCCCUCUCUGGAAAACUUUGUUCUCUGUCCCAUGUAGCAAACAGAGGGACAUCCCUUCUGCUGUGUGGUCUUCAUGAGGACACUUCUGUACCGAGCCGUGUACUUUGCUUUCUGUCACAUAUGUGUUGUUGUUGUGGAUUCUGGCCUUGAUGCUAUUCUUGCGCCGUGAUGCCAAUAGCAUCAUACCUUGGCAGAUUGACUCAGGGCUGUGUGUUUUUGUUAAAAUAAGAAAAAUGCCAGCUCCCAUCAAGCUGGAUAUGUGUGUCGUGCAACAAACACACGUGGCCUCUAAACACAGCCGUGCAUGCAAAUCUGUGAGCAUCUGUGUCCAUGUUCUCAGCCCUGCCAAAAGGAGGGUGCAAUGCUUUGCAGCACUGCCUUUUUUAAUUUUUGGAAGGCGAUUGCCCAAAGCUGCCAGCAGCACCAUGAAGAAACAAGCUCCCUUUCUCUGUCUCCCAUGAAAACAACGAUGGGGUUGUUAAUGUUUACUGCGUACGAUCCAAAGGUCCCUGUGAAGGGAAGACGGCUAGCUUUUUAUAGCUGCAUGAGAAUGUCAGGAUGAAACGUUUCUGCCAGAACCCAGGCCGAUGCAUUGCUAUAUAAGGCAGCCGUUGCUUCUCCAGUGGGGCCAGGAACUCUCAAGACCAGAUUCCACUCUGGGGUCCCAGAAUGCUGCUGGGAGGUGCCUCUUGUGAAAGCAAAACAAGACAGCACCCCACGUAAUGUGGAACAGAGGAGGGUGGCGGAGACUGAGUGGGAUUUCUGAUAGCGAGGGAGCCAAACAGGCCUGCAUUAGGUUUGAGUGAAUGACCAAAGGCCCACUGUGCCCUUUGCCACUGAUCCUGUAAUACUUGCUAUUUUUCUAAAAAGAAAUACGCUCGGCAUUGAAGCCCUGCUCUUUGAAAUCCUGAUCACAUAAAUGCACAGAUAGUCACUUCUGGAAUUUCAACACGCAACAGGAAUUUCAACUUCUGCUAUCUUCCUUUACAUUAUUUAUUUAUUUAUUUAUUUAUUUAUUUAUUUAUUUAUUUCACUAUUUUCAAAAAUGAAACGCAAAGCAUCUUUAAAAAAAUGAACAAUAAAAACAAGGAUAGAACAACCUGAAAUGUACAAAUAACAUGUAGGUAACUUUAAGGACUAGAAACUUACUUUUUAAAAAACCUGAGUCGCAGGACACUUACUUCUGUGGCCAUUGCCCAUUUUGUGCUUGUUCCCAUAUGGCCAGACCUAACUCCUGAUCAAAUGACCAAAUAGUGUAUAUUGAAUGCAUGGAGAUAAAGGUGGGAUUAUGGCCCCACUAGAACACCAGUUUAUUCAUUGGCUCUUCUGAACAGACAACUUAAGUCUGUCCUUACGUCUCCUGCAUACAGACAGCUGUUGAAAUGGAGCAGGGAAAUCCAGCUGCGAUGCUGGUGUUUCACACAAUAUCUUUUCCUAGGUGUCACCAAGGGUAGACACAGAUUGGAGAGACGCAGGUGGGUGGCACCUGCCCCUGCAAUGCCCAAUUUGGGCCUGAGGCCUCUCCAGCAUCCUGCUCUUUCUCAGGCUUCAUAGAGACUAGCAACUUUGGAAAUCUUUCCCUUUUUUAAAAAUGCCCACUGACAUUCUCAGGGAACUCAGUUCUGUAUGCAGUUCUGACAUUCCAGCAGUGUCACCUUGGGAAUACCAGGCUGCCCUGUGUAUUGUAAGCAAACUUAUAUUGGUACACAUGGGAAGCGCUGUGGUUACUAAUAUGCAGCUGCUCCAAGUGUCUUUCCAGGAUGUACGGGCCGCCCAAUUCAUGUUCAGCAGGAGCCCCAAGAGACACUUCUGUCAUCAGCCUUCUCUUGAACUCACAAAGAGCUACGCCUGUGCCUUGCAGGCUAGGCAUGAUUUCACCUCCAAUUGUUUUGGUCCAGGCAGCAGAGGAGAUCAGAGAAACCCUUUCUUCUUCUCUGCCCUCUUUCUAGUUGCUGGAAGGACGUCUGCAGUGCACAGAGGGCUUUUGAUGUCAUUUCCAAAGUGGGGGGGGGGACGACCUUUGUUGGCCGCUGAAAGUGAAUUCUAGUCCCUGGCUGCUCAGAGCUGUAACAAACAGAAGGGGUGUGUAUGUGUGAAGUGGUAUGUAUUGAAAGAUGAGGGGUAGGGGGUGGGGGAGACAGACGUAACUUACUAAGCAAGGUGGAAAUGGUUUAUACACAUCUUUGCUGUCCUGUACACACGUAUACCUCUCCGGGGAGGGGAGAAAGGUUCUGCAGCUUCUUAGCAAGUCCUUGCAGGGGAGGAGACAGGGGUAGGUGCUGAGCACCUACUGGCUAGUAUCCGAAUGUCGCCAGCAUAUUUCCCCUUGCACAAAUCCCUGUGGUACAUUUUCAACAGCUUUACAGUUUUCAAUAGUUUUAGAGUGUUAUUUAGGGGUGGGUGGAGGUGGUGUGGUGAAAGGGGGGGGGAAUGUGAUACUUAAAACGUUGCGAUAUUCCUUAAAAGCACAAGGGUAGCUCAAAGAGUCAGUCCACAGUUUCUGCUUGCGCUGCAAAUGGUGACGCCAGGUUCCUGUGGCAGGAAAAGAGCCUCUGUUCAGAUGGUUACGUCUGUCUUCCCCUUAAGUCUGGACUAGCCUUCGCCAACCAUGUGCCCUCCAAGGCGUUUUGGAUCACAACUCCCAUCAGCCCCGGCCUGGCCAUGCUGGCUGGGGCUGAUGGGAGUUGUGGUCCAAAACACCUUGAUGGGCCAAAGGUUAGCCGAGGGCUAGGCUGGCCUCUCUGCUCACUGAAAGCAUUGGAGCAGACCUGGGAGGAACCGGGAGGUAACUUCCUCUAUUGUAUCAUUUGCUUGCUGCUGGUUUGGCGGAGAAGAUCCACCAUGAGGACAAGACAUGCUAUACAGCUGUCCAGACGAGCGAGGAGGGGUCAACAGCCGGGGAGUACCAAGGCCCACUCAUGGUGCUGGCCCAGAACUGCGCUGUGAUGCACAACAUCCUGGGGCCGGCGUGUAUCUUCCUCAGGAAGGGAUUCGCAGAGAACAGGCAGCCAGUACGUAAGUUGCACCCGGAUGGGCAAGGCAAACACUGCAGAGCCCAGAGGGUGUGUGGAAUCAUGUGCCCUCACCCUCCUGUGGAUUGAAAGCAAAAAAAAAGCAUGUCGCCAUCUGGGUCUCAAGAGAUCCCCAUCACCUCCUUCCCAGCCCAGAAUGGUUGGGGUGUGGGGAAUGGGGGGAGAAAUGGUCAGCACUACGGCCAACAAUCGCUUCUCCUCUCAUACCCGUGGUUCAAUAAAACACAAUGCUAAUAAAGCAAACGUGCAGCCCUUUCACGACACCCAAAAUCAGCUGCUCGAGGCAACUGCCUCAUUCUGGCUCGUGGUAGGGCCAGUCCUAAUGGUAGGGCCGGCUAAGUAGCAUCCAAAACCUGUCACUUCACUUUGCCACAUCAACAGGGCCAACUUUGAGUCAUUACAUCGGUCAAUCUGUCAUGGGUGCUUUAGCUGAGAUACCUGCGUUGCAGGGGGUUGGACUAGAUGACCCUGGGGAUCCCUUCCAACUCUACAGACUUAUGAUUCCUGAGACACCUUACAGCAGUGGUGAGGAACCUCAGGCCCAGGUCAAAUGUGCCCCCCCCCAGCAUCUCUAGCUGUCUCUCAGGCAACACCCCUCAUUGCCCAUCUCCAAAGUGUUUUUGGCUGGCUGGAAUGUGUCACUGAUCUCUGCUCACGGCUCUUGCUUCCCUGGAAGGAGGGUACAUAGGAGGGCUGUGAGUGUAGAAACUGGCUGACUGUACAAAGGUAACAUUUACAAGUGUUGCUCCACCCACUGUUGUCUCUGGCCCUGUCCACUACUGGCAUGUGGCCUUCUGGAGCUUUCCCAGUAGGGAAUGUGGCCCUCAGGCUGAAAAAGGGUCCCCAACCCUGUUUUAUGGGGUAAAGUUGGACAUCUAUUACUCCAGGUUUGUCAAUGAGAAUAACCCUUACUUUGGCCCUUCCUAUGUCAUGGGGAGGGGAAUCCUUAGAGAGAGAGAACUAGGCAAACUGCCACUAAGGUUUACUGCCGCCACCCCUUCCGAUCAGUCUAAAUAAAAGCAGCAGGAGAAAUUGGAUAAUGGCACACUUUGAAAUUGCUGGCUUGGUGAGGGAGAUUUUCAGCUCAAGAGAUCCUCCUCCAACAAGGAGAGAGGAAUCUUUGCUUUGGCUAGGGAGCGGGCAGGAAUGUGAUUAAUUUCUCCCUGAAGAGUGAAUCCUACCUAAUUUGCACAUUCCCAAACAACAUACAAACCAAAACACGGCUGUCAUUUGAAAAAUCCACAUCUCUCAAUUUUGCAAUGCAGUUCUCCAGCUAAGCAACACGUGAAAAAUGCUUAUGCGAGUCCAGAAAAAUGCACAUAUUGUAACAUUAAAAAAUGCAUUAUGUAAGGGGAAUACUGAAUUGCAAAAAUGUGCUACGUUAGGCAAAACUGCAUACAAUAAUGAGUUGAUUAGGAGAAAUUUACAUUAAAUUGCUGAUGAAUUUUCAUUAGGGCUUUUGUUUUCUUAAAUAACAAUCAGAAACUGAUGUGGAAAUGCAGAGAACUGAACUUUGGGAUGGACAGAUGAGCAACUGAGAGAAACCGAAACGGAGGGAUUUCCCCAGCCCUAUCUCUGGCCCACCCCUCUGCAACCCAGUGGGUUUGCCCCACUGGAAGGAGACUCUGAGCACCUGCUGUUCUUUCACAAGCACAGGAGUCGGUGGGGAACUAGCUUUGUGGGCUUGAGACCCAGGAAAUGGAGGACUCCAUUUUGUGGGAACCUGCUGUGGGCCUAGAGCAGCUUGAUGGGGGCAAGGAGGUAGAGGCUGAGAACUGGGAGUGGUCUGCCCACCUUCCUCUGCCCUCAAUUGCCUGGAGAUCUGGAGAUGUUGCCCCUUCUUCCUGGGCAGCCAGCAGUGCAUUUCCAGCUUGGGCUUUCCUUUCUCUUGCUGCAGCUUUCUCCACCCAUCCCAUCUACCCUUGAAAACAAAAUGUUGGGCAUUUGCAAGUACUUCCUGCCUGGGCUGAAUCAUUGUCUCAUGUUACCUUUGUCUGCAGAUGCUCCAGUCUCUCUCAGGAGCUGCCUUUCUGCCCUAGGCAUCUGAGGAAUGGAUGGGGCCAUAGCUUAGUGGUAGAGCAUCUGUUUUGCAUGCAGAUGGUCCCAGGUCCAAUCCCCAGCAGCAUCUCCAGGUAGGCCUGGGGGAGACCUCUGAGUCUGAAAUCCUGGAGAGCCAUUACUGCCAGUCAGGGUAGCUAACAGUGAACUAGAUGGACCCAAUGGUCUGACUCAGUAGAAGGCAGCUGCCUAGGUUUCCUGAGAUGGUGCCUACAGCUUCCAGAGCCCCAGUUUUUUCCUACUAGCCAGGUUUUUUUUGGAGAUCUCAGGGCAACAUGGGAGGGGCUCAGCUGGCAUGAGAUGUUUCCACCAGUUUAGCUGGCUGCUGGGAGGGAGGUACCAGCAGCUCCCAGCUCUUCCAGGGAGAGCUCAUCAUGGCCAUCAGCCUAAUUCUGCCUUCUACUUUCUGUUCCUGGAAACAAGGCAAUCUUGGCUCUCUGGCGUGAGCAUCUCUAAUGAGCUGGUGUAAAUCUGAGAUGUGGAAGGACCUGGCUAGUGGGAUAGGCUUCAGAAAGGCUGCUCUUUCUCAGGUUCACUUGCUGGGAAGGAUAAUGUCAUGGGGUUUUAAUUCUUCCAUGUGCCUUUUUGCCUUGGGAGAGAGACAGUAGGCCACUGGCAGAGCACCUGCUUUGCAUGCAGAAGGUCCCAGGGUCAAUUCCUGGCAACAUCUCCACUCAACAUGCUCUCUCUGGAACCAGGGCCAGAAAAGAACCCUAUGUCCCUGCCUGGGAUCUUGAAUAUUUGCUGCUGGUCAGAGUAGACCAACUUGGCCAACCUGAUGCCUUCCAGUUAUUUUGGACUACCAUUCCCAUCAGCCCCUGCAAGCAUGGCUGUGCUGGAGGAGAAAAUAUGGCUGUAGCCAGGAGGAGUCCAAAGCAUCUGGAGGGCACCAAGUUGGUGAAGUCUGCAGGAGACAAUACUCUGGCUUUGAUGGACCAAUGGAUGACAUUGGCCUCUACAUAUGCUCAGAGGCUCCUGCCUUAACCCUGAUUUCGUCUAAAGGAGCUGGCUUUAAUCCCUGAUGUUGUUCCCUUGCAGGACAGAGAGCUACGGCCAGAAGAAAUAGAUGGUAAGGUUCUUGAUUGUCUUCUUUAUACCUAUAAAAAUGGAGUAGAUAAGACUGUGACAGCUAGGCAUGCUGGCUAUAUGAUACCUCCAGAUGAGAGACAGCAGGCCAGCUGAAUGCCAGCUACAGGGUUACAAGAGUGGGAGCAGGGCAGCUGCAAGUGGCGUCUAGUAGUCCCUGUGAGAGGCUGGACUACAUGCCCCUUUAGAAUCACAGAACUUCAGAGUCGCAAGGUGGAUCCAAAGGGUUAUUUAGUCCAACCCCCUGCAGCGCAGAAAUCACAGCUUUAGCCUGAUUCGGCUGCAGGGCAGCUCUGAUGCUCAUAUGCUGCUUUUGAGGGAAAAGCACUGCUGGCCUUCUGGGGUUUCCAACAAUGAGAUGCCAGCCACCCUCACUUCCUGGUUUUGUACCGACCUGAAUGAUAAUUCACAUAUUAUUUAAGAAGAUAAGAAGAGCCUGUUAUAUCAGGUCAAUGGCCCAUCUAGUCCGGCAUCCUGUUCUCACAGUGGCCAGCCAGAUGCCUGUGGGAAACAUGCAAGCAGGACCUGAGCACGAGAGCCCUCUCCUCUCCUGUGAUUCCUAGAAACACUCGUACCUUGGAUCCCAAACGCCUUGGCUGCCAAACAAAUUGGCUGCCGAAUGAUUGAAACCCAUAAAUGAGUGUUCCGGUUUUCGAAUGUUCUUUGGGAAGCCAAAUGUCCGAUGGGGUUUCCAUGGCUUCCGAUUGGCUGCAGGAGCUUCCUGCAGCCAAUCAGAAGCCGUGCUUUGGUUUCCUCACGUUCUGGACGUCGAACAGACUUCCGGAACGGAUUCCGUUCGACUUCCAAGGUACAACUGUAUUUGGAAUCAUUACUGCCUCUGACUGUGGAGGCAGAGCACAGCUAUCCUGCCUAGUAGCCACUGAUAGUCCUAGCCUCCUUGAAACUGAGGAAGUAUAAGAAGUUGCAUUGUCUCACUAUCCAUCUGGAGGUGCAUGCUUUUAUUUAAACUAGGGUAGCCAUGUAUCCUACUGCACCAUAGGUGGGGAGCCUUCAUCCGACUAAAGUUCACAUUUCCUUAUGAGGAACAAACAAAGCACCUCUCUCCUCCAUCCAGACUAGCAAGAGUUCCAGGGCGCAUUGUCAGAGACUGGCAGGGGUCUGAAGAGUGUGUGGCAAAGGCCAGGGGCUGGGAGUGCAACUCAGAAGAGGGGACCAGCAAUUAAUGGGGUCAGGUGCCACCCACAAGGCAGGAGCCAGGCCCAUGGGAGGAGGAAGAGUCAGGGCAGUCUGAGACAGAGGAAGGCAAGCAGGAUGUGGUAGAGGAAGAGGAAACUAUUCAGACAAGGGAACAGCCGGUCGACUCCCCACCUAGAACCAAGAGGGGUUUGAAGAGGGAAGAGCAGCAAUGACUUCCAUGUAGGAGAAGUCUCAGUUUGUGGGCACAUAUAAGGGCAUAUAAGCCAAAGGAGGGGAGUGGACCCACUAUUUCUGCAACUGCUUCGCAGGAUCCAGACCUGUGGACAGCUGUCCAGAGCCUAAAAAUAUGGGUGCAUGUGUAUAUCUGGAGCACUGGGGGAGCUGCUGUAAGUGCUUCACUUGUCAAUAAAGAGACAGCUAUCAGAUGUGUGCCUUCCUUAGCUGGGACAGCAGGCCAUGAAAUGCAUUCCAGCCAGGUGAAAGCACUCUCAGGGACUGUGAACUGGAGUCAUUGAGAGGUGUGGCUAGUGAGGGUGUGUGGUUUAGGGAGAGAGUCCCAGGAGCUGGAUAGAAAGGUUUAGAGGGCCAUAUUUAGCUCCUGGGCCUGAAGUUCCCCACUCCUGUACUAUGAGAAGCAUAGCCUUGGUAUUUGAAGGCAUUCUUUCUGUUUCAAGGACAGUCCAGUUUACUUCCAGUUCAAAGAACCAUAAGAAGAGAGGAGGGGCCAGGGAUUGGUCUAAAGCAGGCUUCCUCAAAUUCGGCCCUCCAGAUGUUUUUGGCCUACAACUCCCAUGAUCCCUAGCUAGCAGGACCAGUGGUCAGGGAUGAUGGGAAUUGUAGUCUCAAAACAUCUGGAGGGCCAAGUCUGAGGAAGCCUGGCCUAAAGUCUCCUCUAGCAUCAGAAGAGCCCUGAGAAGCUAUCCCACAGCUUGAAACCCCAGGACCUGGAAGUGGAAAAUAGUAGCCCUUUACUGGCCAGAUGCAGCAUUCAGGGAGUAAGACUUCUGGCCAAUGAAUACCUAGCACAGGCUAUAAAGAUCUCCUAGUUGCUGAAGCAACUUGUGUGUUGUGCCUCAGCUGUAGGAUUACUGACCAUGUUCCUGAAACUCACCUCUAUGUCCCUCUCCAAGGUGCUGAUCUUGGUGCCUCACCUUCCUGUCUGCUUGGAACUCCUGGCUUCCCUUUUGCUUCCAUGUGGAUCAGACGCAUGGUAGCACUGGGCUGGGGCUGAUGAGAGCUGGAGAACAAAACACCUAGAAGGCACCCAGCUGGGGAAGGCAGUGCUAAAAUAUUCUGUUGCCACAGACCUUUCACACACUCCUUUCUGUCUCCAUACCAGCAACAUGUCAGAUCAUACGGCGCGGUCCAUUUUGUGGACACCUCACACAGCUUAGCCUCAAUAGCAGGAGGACCUAGACAACAUGAUGAGGAUCAGGGCCUGUGGCAGAAAAUCCAUAGGGUUUGUCCCUCCUAGUCAUUAAUUUGAGGCACAGUCAACCCACAGCGGUAAGGGAAAUAGCUCAGUGGUAGAGCAUCUGCUUGGCGUGCAGAAGGUCACAGGUUAAAUCGCUGGCACUUCUAGGUCAGGCUGGGGGAGAUUCCACUCUUGAAAUCCUUGAGAGCUGCUGCCAAUCAGUGUAGAUGAUACAGUGGUACCUCGGGUUACGAACUUAAUUCGUUCCAGAGGUCCAUUCUUAACCUGAGGCUUGCUUUCACUAAUGGGGCCUCCUGCUGCCAGCGCACCACCUGCGCACGAUUUCCGUUCUCAUCCUGGGGCAAAGUUCGCAACCCAGAGCAACUACUUCUGGGUUAGCGGAGUUCGUAACCUGAAGCGUUUGUAACCUGAGGUACCACUGUACUGAAUUAGAUGGCCCAAAGGUCUGAUUCAGUAUAAGUUAGCAUCCUAUUUAAUCACCCCUUAAUUGAAAACAUUGAGAACACUGUCAACACUGACUCCAGGGUUUCAGACCAAGGAGAAAUUGCUAGCCCUAACUAGAGAUGCCACUGGGGGUUGAACCUGGGCCUCUCUGCAUGCCAAGCAGCUGCUCUGCCACGGAUGACCUGUGGCCCUUCUUUUCCAAAGUGGGUUCAUUCCAGGCCAUGUUUGUAGCCACCACUGACAGCCGCGUUCUCUGAUUGGAUUCACCUCAACAGAACUGAGAGAAGCCUUCAAGGAGUUUGAUAAGGACAGGGAUGGCUACAUCAACUGUCGAGACCUGGGCAACUGCAUGCGCACCAUGGGCUACAUGCCAACGGAAAUGGAACUCAUUGAGCUCUCCCAGCAGAUCAACAUGAACCGUGAGUGCCAGUCACCUGCCAAGGGGGCAUCCCUCCUCCCUCCACAGUGCCACUCUCACUCCCGGUUAGGUUUUUCCAGUCUUCCGGGCAAUGUCUUCCUCAUCUCCCUUUGGUCUGCCUUUCUGCACAAGCACAACUCCCCAGGCCACUUCUAGACUAAGCUUAGGCUUGGCUGCUGUACUCCAUGCUCUGGCAAACUUCCAGACUGGAUUAUUCGAACUAGGGGUGUCGAAGAAAUCUGUAGAAAGUUGACCUGCGGUUGUAUCAAACUAAGUUCUGCUAGUAACAACAACAAUUUAUUAUUUAUAUGCUGCCCAUCUGACUAGGUUGCACUAGCCACUCUUCGCAGCUUCUAACAAUUUAAAACAGGCACCCUGAAACUCGGUCCUCCAGCUGUUUUGGGACUACAGUUCCCAUCAUCCGUGACCACUGGUCCUGGUAGCUAGGGAUAAUGGGAGUUACAGUGAGCUGAGCUUGAGGAUGCCUGAUUUAAAACAUCAAACCCACAAACAGGUCCUGAGCAUAAGAACAUUCUCCCGUCCUAUGAUUUGUAGCAACUGGUAUUCAGAAGCAUUACUGUCUCUGGCCAUGGAAGCACAGCAUAGCCAAGUAAGUCACAUCCAUCCAUUUCAACGGGUCUACUCUAAGUAGGACUCAGUUGGGUGCAGGCCGUGGAUGCAAUAUUCCCUUUUUUCACAGUCAGGAAUGGGACCCCUUCCUGUGGAUGCUUGGCAGUAUUUGAAAACAUGUUCCCCCUGAGUCCUCUCCAGGGUGAACAUAACUGGCUCUUUCUCCUUGCCCUGACAGGACUUGUUUUCCAUGCAGCUAACCAUCUUUGUUGCCCUUCCUCUGAACCCAUUGCAAUUUGUCUGUAUUCUUCUUAAAAUGGUGGUCAGUAUCUUACUGUACUCCCUCCUUGCUCUGUGUUCCUAGAGGGCGGCCACGUAGAUUUCGAUGACUUUGUGGAGCUGAUGGGACCAAAGCUUCUGGCAGAGACGGCAGACAUGAUUGGGGUCAAGGAGCUACGCGAUGCCUUCAGGGAGGUGAGAGCCAGAUUGUGCAGCCCCUUCAGUGUGUUGCAAACUAUCUACCCGUUCAAGGUGGUAUACAGCUUGGGAUCGGGAUACCUGAAAGAUCAUCUAGCUCCUUAUAUGCACAACCCAUCUCUGUACCCUGCAAAUGGAUCAGGCAUCUUGAUUCCCACACUAGCCAAUCAGAUGCAUGUGGAAGCUCACAGGCAGGGAAUACAGGUAAUUCCCUGAAGUGGGAUGAGGCCAAAGGGAGCUUAUCUAGCCCAGCAUUCUGUUAUCACAGUAGCCAACUAGAUGCCCUGACUGGAAGUCCAGAAGCAGGACCCGAGCACAGCAGGGACUCUUGUAAUUCCUAGUCACUUGUAAUUCCCAGCCACUGGUAUUCAGAAGCACACUGCCUCCAACAUACGUAGCCAUCAUGGCUCAUGGCCAUGGAGUGCCAUGGAUUUCUCCAAGGACCCCUCUAGACACUCCUUUUUUUAUGUGCAUUCAUGAUUUGUGCUCCUGGUGACAUCAGGGCAGUUAUGUGUGAUCCCACUCUCAAUACUUUUGCAAAAUUUUCAGGAUGCACAUAUAGCUUUGCUUUCAGUCAGUGCAUGUCCUAUAACUUCCUGCUGGAAGCCUGUAACUUUCCUUACCACAAAUGUUUGAGGAGCAUUUGUCCCACAUUUGUUGUGCUAUACUGCAAGGGUGCGUCCCAGAUGGCAAAAGUGCAGUAAUGGGGAAGCAUCUUGGAACAACUAAUAAAGCAGAAUUGCAUGUGGGCAGUCUAAUAUAAAUCAAAAUGUGAGUUUUAAUCUUCCUCUGUGCCCUCCUCCAGAUAUUGCUAGACUUCUCACCAUCCAGAACAUUUAGCAGAGCUUGGUGGGAGCUGGGGGAGGGUGGGGGUGGACAGGUUCCUCCCUACCUUUGCAAUGCACCUUUAAAGUGUUUUCCACAAAAGGCAGGAUAUAAAUAACUUAAAGCAAAAAGCAGAGAUACCAGUCUGGUUUCAAUCAGGUGAUGUUCUUGCCAGAGUGGCUCAAGAGGUGAGAAAGGACACUGGCAACUGUGGAGAUGAGAGGGGUGGGUCCUGAGAAAUCUGACCAGUUCCAUUCUAACAGUCCCUGACAUCUGUUGCUUCCUUGCAGUUCGACACAAACGGUGAUGGAGAGAUCAGCACCAAUGAACUACGAGAAGCAAUGAAGAAGCUGCUCGGGCAGCAAGUGGGGCACCGGGACAUAGAAGAUAUAAUAAGGGACGUCGACCUGAAUGGAGACGGACGAGUGGAUUUUGAAGGUGAGAGAGAGUGAGUGAGUGAGUGAGGAGUUUCUCACUAGACAAGUAGCAGAUCUGCUCCCGGUUCCAAUGAAGGGCAUGCCCAAUGUGAGUCAUGGACUAGCUGGACGCAGAGGAGUAGUAGCAGGCACCAGCUGGGUAACCCUCAAGGGAGUGCCCUCCUACUGCAACCAGCUGCCCUCCCCCCUGGUUUCCCAGGAUCAGAAGAGGCAUGAAGACGGUGGAGCAGAGAGAGACCUGUUGACUGAGUCUCAAAUUGCUUGAGAAGGACCCAGGGGAGGAGGAGCCUGAGGCAUCUAUGGGAAGGCAGGGACCUUCAGUCCUCACAAUCUUGCCUCAUUGGGGCAAGAUCUACCAGGAAGAGUUGCUGUGCUCGUUAAGUCUGGCCUCCUGAGCUAUUUGUUUCUUUGAAUAAAGAGUCAGCUUCACUGUGAGUUAUUACUGACCUGCUCCUGGCACUCACCCGACAAUACGUCCCGUCAGGAAUUGUCCUUGCAGGAAACAUUGGAGGCAGGCAAAAGCACUCAAUAACGGUGUGGAGCAGGGCCUUAGGGAUAGUCCUGAGGGCCAGAAAGAGAGGCUUGGAGGGCCACAUCCUGGAUAUUUGUGGCCAGGCUACCUCUGCCCAUUGAGGAUCUCCUAAACAUGUGAAAAGUGUUUCAUGCCAUGGACAUUUGGACCUCCAACAGGAAGCCUGGAUCUAACAAUAAAACACACAUACAGUGUAAACCUGAUCCUUAAGGGGGCAUGCAACCCCCUACAGAAAGGGCCAAAUCCACUCCCUGGUCAGGAAAACCGUUCUUCCAUAGAACCUCCUUUAGCUUUUUGGCUCUCAUCCAUCUGUGACCAAUCUCAACUGAGUCAGUUCAUAAUGUCAACAUUUCUAAGAAGCUGCUAUCUAGAAGCUGGUGAAGACCAAAGAAAGAUAUAUUUUUUUUAAAAAAUUAAAUGUCCUGAAUAAUAUUCAGUGCUUGAAGCAGCAGGUGAUUGAUUAUUCAUUAUCACUAUUCCUGCACAGCCCUCAGAUCAUCUAGUACUUUACAGUUGCCUUCUCCAACCUGAUGGCCUCCAGAUGUCUUGAACUGCAACUUCUGUUAGACCCUAGUAUGGCCAUUUGAUACUGGGGUUGGUAAGAGCACACACUGUGCUGACUGGGGCUGAUGGGAGCUGUAGGCUGAAAUAUAUGGAGGGCAUCAGGUUGGCGGAGGCUGGUGUAGGCAGUGGUGGUUGGGGGACUGGUAGGGCCAACAGUAGGUGGCACCAGAGCCUAUGAUAGUUAAGUACCGUAUUUUUCGCUCUAUAACACGCACCAGACCAUAACACGCACAUAGUUUUUAGAGGAGGAAAACAAGAAAAAAAAUAUUCUAAACGAAAUAGUGGAUAUAUGAUUUUUGUGGUUCAUGCUGUGGCCACAGACAUGUGAUCUGACAGUGAGUUUGGAGUAGCCCAAUGCAAAAAUCCUGAGGAUCCAUGUGGAUCCAUGCUUUGUAACCACGGAGGAGGGAAGGAAGGGGAACCAUGGAUCCUCUGCUCAUGACUGCAGCAGAUCCCCCCCCGCCACCCACAGGCAUUCACUCCAUAACACGCACAGACAUUUCCCCUUACUUUCUAGGAGGAAAAAAGUGAGUGUUAUGGUGCAAAAAAUACGGUAAUUCUAGUUUUGUCCCCCUGCUGAGUUCUACAAGGGGCAACACUGAGACUAAGGAGGAGGAGGAAGCUGACAAACAGGGCCACCACCUGGCUUAGUUGCAAGAAGGCAGGCAGCUCGAAGAAUGUCUGGGCAGACUGAGACUAGCAAAGCAGUGCCUUACUUGCCCUAAUCGACCAGUAUCCUGACUCAGUAUAAGGCCACUUUCUACGCACCUUCUCUAUUGUCACAUCCGUACCAUAAGUUUAAAGCAAAUGACACCCCCAGAGAAUCCUGGGAACUGUAGUUUGUUAGGAGUGCUGGAAAUUGCAGCACUGUGAAGGAUAGGGCUGGGCGAAAACUGGUUUUCAACACUGAUUUAUCACCAGCUAACGGUGCUGUGAGUUAAACCACAGAGCCUAGAACUUGCCGAUCAGAAGGUCAGCAGUUCGAAUCCCUGUGACGGGGUGAGCUCCUGUUGCUCAGUCCCAGCUCCUGCCAACCUAGCAUUUCGAAAGCACGUCAAAGUGCAAGUAGAUAAAUAGGUACCGCUCCAGCGGAAAGGUAAACGCGCUUCCGUGCACUGCUCUGGUUUCGCCAGAAGCGGCUUAGUCAUGCUGGCCACAUGACCCGGAAGCUGUACGCCGGCUCCCUCGGCCAAUAAAGCGAGAUGAGCGCCACAACCCCAGAGUUGGCCACGACUGGAUCUAAUGGUCAAGGGUUCCUUUAUCUUUACCUAACAUUGUGAUAUAUCAAUAUAUCAUGAUGUCUGAAAUAAAGAUGGAGACAUGUAGAGGCUUCAUGGUUUUUCCUGCUUUGUGAUUUUUGCUGGUGCCUGCUCUUGUGAUUCGAUGCCUGCUGCAGGAAUCAGGGGAGAACUGAGCCAACAGAGUUAACAGGGGCUGCAGGAAUCGAGAGAAGCAUUGGCUGGCUUCAGAAUUUCCCCCACACUGUGAUUUUUGCAUAGCAUGCAUGCACAUCAUGAUUUGCAAUAUAUUGCCAGGUCAAAAAUUAUGGAACUGAUAUCACAAUAUGGACUUCAAACCAGUUUUGGAUGACAUAUCGCGUCAUCCUAGUGAGGGAUGCACUAUGGUUCCCAGUAUUAUUGAGGAAAGCUAGGACUGUUGAAGUGCUACAUAAAUGUGUUUUAAACGUAUGAUGUGGAUCUUUUUUCCUUUUACUCUUUCCUUCUUGCCUGCAGAGUUUGUCAGGAUGAUGUCCCGCUGAGUAUGGUUCUUGGGCUGAAAACGAAUCAGCAGCUGAGGGAAGACGAGGACCUGAAUGGAGCGCCCAGCCCCAAUGUUCCUAUGCAAAGGCUGACGCACUGGCUGUGCUCGAGACAGUGCGAGACGCCAACCUGCCUCUCUGACCCAAAGUGGCCCUGAUGCUCCUUCACCCUUCCACACUGUGAAAAAAGACGAUCUCCAGCAACUGGAAGCGUUCCUGGGUGACGCUGGGCUCCAGGACCAGCCACGUUUGCAAGCGAAGGUGACAACUCUUUCCCUGCCUUGACUCUUCCGGCAAGCACUGCAAAGGUGAAAGAGAAGGAAGGGGUUCUCUCAAACUGGUGGCUUAUGGCAAAAAGCCACCUGGGAUUGGUGCCUGCCACGGAUUGCACUCUUUUCCUUGGUGAACUGACUGUGUAUUGGCCUCAUGCCUCCUUGUGUUGUUAAUCAUCUGUGUUGAGUUAUUUAUAGCCUCCCUGGAAUGUUCUUGUGUCUCCCUGCGGUUAUGUUAAUGAGAGCAAAUAUACCUUUGAAAUGCAAAACAUAAAUAACAAGAGCAAGA